AUGGCUGUAUGGAUCCACGCUUUCAGCAUCCUGAACUGUAUCAUAUUGUUAUCGAAAGCAGAAGUCUUUAAACUUUUUACCAGUGACAAUGAAUUAAAUCACUUGGCAGUUGACCAUAGCACUGGUACCGUUUAUGUGGGAGCAGUCAACCAUCUUUACCAACUUAAUGAGAACCUUUCGCUCCUCGUUAAUGUUACCACAGGGCCUAAACUUGAUAAACAUGUUUGCACGCCACCCAUUGAUGCAAAUCAGUGUCCAAAUGCUGUGAUGACAGACAAUUACAAUAAACUGCUAUUACUAGAUAUUUCUAAAAACCGAAUAGUUGUAUGUGGAAGCAUUUUUAAAGGAAUAUGUUCCCUGAGGUCCAUGGUGGACAUCUCAAGUAUACAAUCUUAUGAUGAUACGAGAGGAGAAAAAUCUUUUGUUGCGAGUAUCUAUGAGAAAAUUACUACUGUUGGUUUGGUCACCGAUAUGUCCCCUAUGGGUCCAAGGGUUUUAUUUGUUGGAAAAGGCAAUGGCCAAUAUGACAAUGGAAUAAUUAUUAGCACACGGAUACUUGAUCAACAAGGGGACAAAGAUCCCUUUGAGACCUACAUGGAUUCGGCAACCUUCAAGCAGGCAGCUAUCAGUACCAACUUCCAGCAUUUUGUAACCGCUUUUGAGGACGAAAAUUUUGUGUAUUUUGUCUCCACCCAGGCUGAUAAAAAUUCCAAUGGCAAUCGAACACUUAUUACCCGUUUGUGUAAAAAUGAUUCCAACUACUUUUCCUAUAUUGAGAUGGAUUUGCAAUGCAAAGACAAAGAUGGGAUCAGCUUUAACAUAUGCCGCUCGGCAUUCAUUACCGAGCCUGGGGAGAAGUUGGCAAGUCACAUAUUCACGUCUUCCGAAAAUGGGAAGGUGCUUUUUGGGGUUUACAGUAAAGAUGUUCCAAAUCAGGAAACGACUGCCCUUUGUAUGUUUUCGCUAAGGGACAUAAAUAAGAAAUUUGAAGAGAACAGAGAUGCAUGCUACACUAGUAAGACGGACAAUGUAUUCAAAGAUGGCAAGAAGAUAUUUUACAAGCCAUAUGGUGCAGAAAUCAAAUGCGGAGGAUCCAGUUUAUCGGUAUAUUUAUUUUUAUAUAUUUCCUUAUGUAUUUUUUUACUUUUAAAUAAGUGCAUGGGUCCAGUAUUAGCUCAUAGUUAUAUACAGCAAACACAAUGAUCAUCACAAUCCUGUAUAAUGCAAGUUUUUAUUAGGAAAAAAAAAAAACAAAGAAAACAUUCACACGUCACAAAGUUCAUGAAAAGUUUGACCCUGCAAAUGUUAGAAUUCUUAUCUUUAUUAAGAUGGUGUUGGUCAGUAUGUGUAGGUGCAACAGUUGUAUUAGACAAUUUUUUAUGCUUACUGGCCUUUGAGUUGGUGCCAGUCAAGGAAGGUGCUCCCAGCGAGUACUUUCAAGCUAUCAUUGCUGUUUAGAGCUGGGCACACACUUGUUUCAAUUAUAAAUGAUAUUUAUACAUCUGCAUUCGGGAACUUUAAAAAUCACAUACUUUACUGAUUAAAGGGACACUAUAGGCACCCAGUCUACUUCAAUUUAAUGAAGGGGUCUGGGUGCUAACUGACCCCCUGUUUUAACCCUGCAGCUAAAAAAUUGCACUUCUGCAGGAGCAGCAAUGGGUUUAUUACAGGGCUAGCCGGCCUUUAGGGGCUCACAGCCACAGAUGGUCUCAGAGAGACCAUUGGAUUGGAACAGCGCAGCUCCCAUCAUUCCCAGCUUCCCAGUGCUGUCCGUAUUUUAAUUAUCUCCGCCAAAGAGGCUUAGAUUGCAAGGGCAUGAUCUAUACACAAAAACAGCUUUAUUAAGCCCCUAGAAACUGUUUUUGUAACUAUACUUUAAAUAGUUUAUCCCUUUAGCGUAUGAGAAAUAACCCUUUGUUUCCUGAUACACAAUCGCUGCACAGUUAAAGGGACACUCCAGACCCCUAUUUAUUUAUUUAUAAAAUAUUCUACCAGGAAAGAUACAUUGAGAUUUCUCUCGUUUUCAAGUAUGUCCUGGGCCCACAAAACAUUGCAUUGAUACAUUAGGGUACAAUAAAAUACAAAAACAAUAUUAAUACACAAUAAAUACAAAAUUUACCAUAGAACAGGUAGGAAAUAUGUAAUGAACCAUAACACGUGCAUUCUGUUUUGAGGUAUGUAGAGAGGGAUCUCUUAAAGGACUUUAGGCUUGGGGAAUAUUUGAAAGUGUGCGGGAGGUCAUUCCAUAAUUGCGGUGCUCUGUAGGAAAAGGAGGAUCGGACCGCUUUCUUUUUGUAUUGAGGAAGACUAAAUAAAGUGCUGGUACUGGAUCGGAGCUUAUAGGAGGUGGGAACAGGCGGGGAGAGCAUUCUGCUCUGGUAGGGUGGGAGCUUCCCAGAAAAGGAAUCCAAACGCACCUUUCAUCUUUUCAGCCUUGUUAGGCAUCAUCAUCUUCGGAUAUGUUCUCUCUGUAAUGGCACAAGAUGAGUUAAAACCAGCUUGAGUUCUGAGCGGGGAUCCACCGAAGGGCAGGCUUUUCAGUUUCUGUCCGUUCUCAGAAUACUCUUGCGACCCCCAAUAAAAAAAGCCUAAUUAGAUGCAUUUAUGUCUUAAUUUAGGAUUUAUACUACACAGUGAUUUUUUUUAUUAUUUUGUAUUUGGGCAGUGGAGUGUCCAUUUAAACAAACAAACAAUACUGCCUUUAUAUCUGGUAAACACAAAAACAAAAAUCAUCACAGAGCUCCUUUGGCACUUGGAAGCUCCCGUAUGAUUGCAAACACAUUUUCCUCUUCAAACAAAAACAUGUGACUUAAAGUGACACUAUAGUCACCAGAACGACUACAACUUAUUUUAUUUUCCUUUAGGCUUUUUGCAGUAAACACUGUCUUUUCAGAGAAAAUACAUUACAGCCUAGUGAUCACUCCACUGGCCACUCCUUAGAUGGCUGCUAGAGGUGCUUCCUGGGGCAGUGCUGCACAGUGUGACAGCCGUUUAGUGUCUCCUCCCUCUGCAUGCAGACACUGAAUUUUCCUCAUACAGAUGCAUUGAUUAAAUUCAUAUCUAUGAGGAGAUGCUGAUUGGCCAGGGAUGUGUUUAGCUUGUGCUGGCUCUGCCCCUGAUCUGCCUCCUCACAAUUCUCAGCCAAUCCUAUGGGAAAGCAUUGUGAUUGGCUCAAAGAAUCACUUCUGAUUAUGUCAGCUAAGCAGGCAGAUCAGGGGCAGAGCCAGCAGCUGCAGACUUGAAUAUAAGUAAGAUUUUACUAUAUUUAGGGAGGCAAAGGAGGGCAUGCAGGGCUAAAUUGUGGUUUUAACACUAUAGGGUCAGGAAUACAUGUUUGAGUUCCUGUUCCUAUAGAGUUCCUUUAAUGUGCUUUGCAAAAGUUGCUGGGGCUGUCUGACAGUCUCUGCAGGUUUCUUUUACUUCGUCCGAGAAACCACUCCAUGCAAAGAUGCGAGAAUUGCUCAUGGCAGAGGAAUCAGCCAUAUUUGUUCCUGUUAAUUUCAAUUAAAACAGAAGUUGGAUAAGUUUUUGAGACAUAAACAGAUUUCUGUGUUUUCCCAUAAAACUAGGUUCAGAAGUAGAUAAGGAGGUUAAUGAUAAAAUGCAAGUUCAUUUUUUUUUUCCCGUAAAAAUCAUGUAUUUCUUAUCACACAAAACAACAAGGAUGACUUUUGAUCAAUGGACUCACAUGUAUUCUUGCACCGUAGUGCUGAAUAUUUUGUCUUGCGAAUCAGUAACAUUUGUAGAGAUUGUACAUUAUAUCCAUUAUUUUUUUUUACCAUUUUUGACCUACAGUUGUGUAGCUAGCUAGGUACUUUUGUUAUGAGCAUACAGAAUGUCUCAGACCACUUUUCUGACAGUGUGUUUUUUUUUGUUUUUUUUUGAAAACCGUGUAUUAUAAAGAAAUACUGAUAAUGUAAGCUGCCGGAAUGUUAAACCACUCCUGUAACUGGCUUACGGACAGAGUUUGUAGUUUGAUAUUAAACUGUAAUAACGGUAUCUUUGAGAGCCCUAAAAAUUACUUUGAAGAAUACCUUAAUUACACAAUCUUUGCAGGGACUGUAAUUUGCUUUUAAAAAAUCCACUCUCUUUUUUUUUUUUUUUAAAGCACAGUUCAUUUUUAACUGACUUUAUUUUUUGUCUAUCAUUUUGUGGAAUUUGCCAUUAAUAAUUCCUGGAAGGUCCGUGAAUCAGCACGUAAUAUAAUGGGGAUAAUAUUGCUCUGUCUUAGUUGACUGUACCCAUAAUCCUCUGCAGCUAUAUAAUAUGUAGACAGUCAUUGCCUGAAGAACCCUCAGGUGCAUUAAUCUGUUGGAUGCCUUGCCCUGUUACCCCUGUAUGUUCCUUAACAAAUUGUCCUAUAAUGUAGAGGCCAGGGCCAAAUGUUAGGAGCAUGGCAAAACUUUAAUUAAAGGAACACUUCAAUACCAUUAUUACUAUAGCUGUAGUAGUUAUGGUGCUAGGAGUGCCCUGGCAACCCCCUCUUCCCCACGUAAGUAGUCAAACUUUGAAUUUUUAACUGGGUGCCAAUCGGCUCUGAUCCCUACCUCCACUACUGAUGGUGGAGAGAUGGAAUCGGCUCUGAUCCCCACCUAAACUACUGAUGGUGGAUAAAUGGAAUCGGCUCUGAUCCCCACCUAAACUACUGAUGGUGGAGAGAUAGAAUCUCUCUGUCUGUGGUCUCGUGGUCCAUAACUUACAUUAGUUCUCCUGAGCUGAGCUUACAAUUUAAGGCUAACUUAGUGGCUGAACGCUCCACCUGAUCGCUUUCAGCCAAGUUCUGCACUGCCAGGCUUAGAUCAGGGGAGCUAACAGAAGUUCCUCAUCGGUAGUAGAGGCAGGGAUUGACAGCUGGUAAUCCACAAGUAAGAAGUCAAACUGUUCUAAAUUGGUAGUGAAAGGGUGCCAGGGUACUGAUGGUACCAUAACUACUACAUUAGGCUGUAGUGGUUAAGGCUUGGAAAGUUUAUUAGGCAAUACAAACUUUGAAUUAUUCAGAUUCUUGCACACACUUUACUAGCCACUUUCUUGAGCACAUACCUAAUGAACUGUACUCACAGUCCUACCACAUCAGCCAAAAUACUACAUACAAAAACGGUGUAGUUAUGGUGUAGCCAGUUGUCACAUGUGUUGUGGGGUCGCAUGUAGUCAUAUGCUGUGUUUAAAUCAUAUAAUGUUCUCUUUCUUAUAUCCUUUAAGAAUCCAGCCAGUAAGUAUCCCUGUGGAGAUGAGCACUUACCGUACCCCUUGGAAUCACGAGAUGGAGUGGUGGCAGAACCAGUGUUGGUGCGAAAAACGAAUCCAUAUACCUCGGUUGCUAUAUCAGUUGUGAAUGAGCAUACGGUUGCAUUUUUGGGUACAGCCGAAGGGAAGCUUGUUAAGGUAAUUCUUAUGUGUUGAAAGAGAAUAUAUCUUGAAGUAAAAACCGAAGUUUUAUUUCCUUCUCAACAAGAAAUCCGCAAACUUCCUAAAAUGUGUUUAUUUUGUUACUCAAUCCUCAAUGAACAGAGCAUGGUCGCAGUGCACGGUCACGCUGACCUUACAUUUUACCUGAAAAAGACAGUGGGCAAUAGAAGGAUAUACUCAGCAUAUUCUCUAUUUAAACAGUUUUCUAGAAAAGGCCAAGCAAAUAUAUUGACUUGCUCUUUGACUCAGGAGCUUGUAGUUUGGCCCAUAGGAGCGAUGUUCAAAUGCUCCAAACUCUACACCGAAAGUUUUACUUUGAAAACAUUGCAUUCUUUUUGUCUCUUAGUACAGUAACUAUCAGAUAACGUUGAUAUAAUUGUGGGUGUUUUAAUUGAAGUCAAUUCAUGAAGAUGAUGCAAAAUAAUAUUCUGAUAAUAUUUUUAUUGGACAAUCAGUCCAGUCAAUAGCAAGAUUCUGUAAUAUAGGAUUAUUUUUUUACUUUUUGCGAUUUUAUUUAUUUAUUUAUUUUGUAGCAGUUAAACUCAUGAUCGAUUUUUCUUGCAGGCCUUUCUAGGGGAACAGUCUAGUGAGUACAAGACAAUACACUUGGACUCACACAGUGCAGUGAAAGAUGGCUUGGCCUUUGAUGCGUCUAGAGAACAUAUAUAUGCAAUGAAUAAAGAAAAGGUAUGUUAUUUAUAGUCUGCACACAUUUUGUUUUGUAAUCAUAUUCUAUGUGUACAUGUUUAAAUCAUAUACACCGAUAAUCGUUCUUAAAGGUUAGAACAGUUUGUUUUUUGGGUUUGUUAAAAAUUUUUUUAUAGUGGAAUAUUUAAUGCUAUGGCAUGCUAUAGGUUGGCUGGCUGAUUUUAAGACAAGGUUCCUUGAGUUUUAGAAACUGGAAGUCGUCGUUCAUUUUUUUUGUUUUGUUUUGUAAAUCUUGAAACCAUUUGAAAUGUGCCUUUGUUGUUGUUUUAAUUGGACUGUACAAUCAAAUUUGUGGUAAUGCUCACAAGCAUUUUGUUUCCUAAUAUUGGCCUCAAAUUAAUAUUUUUGGAUACUCUUUUAAAAGUAUUUUAUUUUUUAUUUUAUUUUUAAUAUUACAUGUCAAACAAUAUAUUAAUAGAUAAAAAUGUAUUAACAAAUUUAAAUAUUUCUAAAAAUUUUAAUAAAGCUAAAGAAAGUUUUCCCAAAAAUAUUUAAUCAUUUGAAAAGCUUAUCGAAAAAUAUUAAAUCAAGGUCAUUAUGUGAUCUGUGUAGGAAGUCUGGUAAAAGACAACAUUGUUUUGAAAUAGAACAUAGUAUAAAAAAAAUAUUAGACAAGAAAAAAAAAUGAAAUCCAGUUUUGGUUUUUUUGUUAUGAAAAAAUUAUAUUUUUAUUGAAUGUUUGUUUUUUUUGUCUAUCAAGAUAUACAAAGUUCCUGUCCAGAAAUGCCAUCAAUAUUCGGACUGCAAUCAAUGCAUUCAGGCAAAAGAUCCUUAUUGUGGCUGGUGUGUGCUAGAUGGAAAGUGAGUUUAGAAAUUAAUAAACACGUUCACUUUUUUCCCUUCUGAAGUGAGCUUAAACUGGUAUUAUGCUUUUUUAAUGUUUGACCCUAGCUGCCUCUGUUUUGCCAUGAUCAGCUGCCAUUUUCAAAACAUUUGAUUGGCUUACUCUAGAAACUUGAUGUGCCUUGUGCAGUUUAAUGUACAGAAUAUACUUGUACAAGUUCUGGAAUGUGUAAUAGCAGAUGUGUGUUUUAAGAAGUCUCAUGUCUCUUCUUUUAUUUUUAAUAAUGGCUGUAAAGUGAAUAUAGAAUAUCCCCGUAGCUUCGUUUUAAACACGUACUGCUUUAUUUGCCAGUAGAAGAGACGGAAGAAGCACAAGGCAUUGUGAAAAUAGCUUCAGGAUAAGUCAGCAGUUCUAAUUAGGACAUGCUCAUCGUCUUGUUGUCCCUGGGCAACUGUAUCUUGACAAACCUUGAAUGCAAGUCCACAAAUCCCAAGCUGUAGACCUGAAGUAAUAAGUGGCAAGGUUUAUCACUCAAGGUUUCAAGGUGGAUCUCUUUUGAUGUGAUGUAUGACCUUGUAAAGACAAAAAUAAAUAUUUUGCAAAAAAAAAACAACAACCUCUGUCUGUGAUGUACCUGCAUGAUUUACAAUGAACCAUGACUUCACGUGAUUUUUAACACUGUGCUUACCUCUCCUGAUAAUUAGCAAAUAUGUGUUUGUGAGGUCUGAAAAGUAAAAUUAAAUGUAAAAAUCCAUACCUCUGUUUUCUGGAACCAAGCACUUCCAUCUUAGCUCCCUGUGUGACAUUGUUAGAUGUGUUACCAUUUGUACCGGACACUCUGCAUCGAGAGAGGAAGAAAAACAAUUUUUUUUUUCCCGUUCCUCAAUGCAAUGUGUGCCCUGACUAUGCCAGGACUGAACUAGCUUCUUUUUUUUUAAAUUUAUUUAAAAUAAAAUGGACAUCUUUUGAAGAAAGUUUAUACAAGCUGAUUUUCCAUGUUUUAUUUUAUGGUGUAAUUUACAGAGAAGUCUCUCUUCCUAGUGUGCAUUCUCUUUUUUAUAGUAUUAUAAUUUACAGAGAAGUCAUGACUCCCAUUUAUAUGGACAUCACAGGCUCGAAAACUAUCUUUUAAUGCAGACUUAAAAUAUUUUGAUAGAUUUUGUCCAGUUCAUCAUUAGUAAAUUAAUAUUUUUACAAAAUAAAGUACAAGUUGAAUGUGUUACAAUCAUUUAGAAUCUUUCUCAACGCUCUGUAGAUGUACCACGAAAGGAGACUGUCUGAGUGCCGGGGAACCAAACCACUGGUUGUGGAGUCGAGACGGAGUUUGCAUAAAGGUCGAGAGUGCAAACCCGCAGAAUAUGAGUGUGAUGGCCCCUGGCAAGGUGAAUAAACUGUAAAUGUAUGAGCAAAUUGCACCAUAACCCAUUGUCAUAGAUGAUUUUUGGGGCCCUCAAUCUACAAUUUCCCCUAAAUUCCUCUGCACUUUGUGUAUUUUUGUAAUUCGAGCUGUGCGCUAUGUUCGGGGCAAUGUAGCAUUCUCUGUGGUUGCAGAACAUGAUAUUCUUCAAAUUCCAAGUUGUUAUUAAUUUCUCUCUGUAUGCGUGAUGGGUUACUUUUGUUAAUAAAUUACAUAUUCAAAUACUUAGUAAUCUCUUACUGUGAUUUUCCCAUUCUUUUUAUCUUCCACUGUUAUCUUAAAAGUGAUGAUGCAAUUAGUUCUCUUUUUAUAGAUCUUUUUAAAUAACGAAUAGAUAACAUAAAUAUUUAAUUAUCAGAAUAUUAACUGGAGUGCAAAUGAUGCUGAAAUAUCCUUUUCAUUACAGAUUCAUGGUGCAAAAAAAAUUGUUUUUCUUCUUCUAAUUAACUUUUUGUAGCGUUGCUAAAGUACAGUAUUUCAAAAUGAUCUGCAGAAAUCUGUAUUGGUAACUGUGCUCUGUAUCUACUUAUAUACGUAAAAUAUGGUGAUGCUGAUUAUUUUAACAUCAUUUUCAAACAGGUUAUUUUAACUGUAAAUCCACCUGUAACCUUAAAAGAUGAUGACCACCUAAUGUGUAUGUUUGGUGAUAAAGUAGACAACGCUGAGCUGCAUGAAGAUGGGACCAUAUCUUGCCCUCCUCCUGACAAUAUUCCUGAAACCGAAAAAGGGAACGGUAAAUAAUUAUCAUAAAGUUCUAUAUGCCAAUUAUAAAACCUAAAAAUAAUCAGGUUAGAAGAGCAGGAUGUACUUUUCCUCACUAGCAGAAUUCUAAUAAAAUAGUAAAUAUUUAGAUUUUUAUCACUUCAUAGAGUUACAUAGAAUGUAGGUUUUAAUUUAUCUUUAAAAAAAAAAAAUUGUAUUUCAUUAUUCUAUAAAUACAUGUUUAAAACAGUGCAUAUACUAUAUUGUAUCUGACAUUGCUUAAUGUAUUUUUUUUUGUGUGUGAUGUAGCCGCAUUAACUGUAAAUAUCAUUUGAGUCUUCUUUCUAAGUUAAAGCCUAGAUCUCGAAACACUGAUUUGUUGUGGCGUAUCAACUUGAUAAUUGUAUUUAUUGGCUAAAAUGCUUUGAUUUAUUUUUUUAAUACAAGUUGCAACUUGCCAACAUAUUUGAUUUGAUAGAUAGAAGAGGUACGUAAGGGAACAUUGUUUAAAUACGUUAAUAAUGUGGAUGUUACAACUAUAAAUAUGAUUAUUAAUAACUAAAAUGAUGUAAUAAUAUUUAGAAAUUCACUCUAUGAACAAGUUAUUGAUAAAUAUUUCCCUAUACAGAUUUAGGAAAACGGACGUAGAGUGUAAUGAACUUGGCAGGCCCUAUAUUUUAAAGGUUAAUAGGGUUGAUUUUAAGAACAGAUUUAGCAUUUUCAAUUAGCUGGAAAAAUAUAUAUUUAUGAAAACUGUUAAACUUACCCACAAUUGUUCUCGUAGCAGAGCUCUGUAUGGGAUCAGCUCCUCAGUCUAUUUAAUCUGGUGUUAAAAUGCCAUUCUAAUAAAUCCUUACUCUGGCAUUAAAAUGUCAAGUGCUUUAAUCUUUAAUGUGCACAGUUUCUUUGCACAUAUUUCUCAAGGAACAAAUACAGAAACUACUUCAGAUCAAAUGACCCACUGAUUUCAAUAGAAGUUUUGGUUGGAGCGAUUGAUUAAUUACCACAAUCUUGCUGUGAUAAAUAUAAGCACUAUUAGCUGAUGAAGAUACAGUUUCAAGAGCAGUUUUUAGUUUUUUUUUGUCUUGUUUUGUUUUUUUAUAAAAUGUAAUAAGUUGCAGGAUGUGCACCUCUAUGAAAUGUAUCCAUCCUUACUCAACUGUCUCACACGUUUUUUUAGUACUUGUAUAGAGUGUAUCCCUCUAUGGAUAGAUCUGAUUAGCAGAGACAUAUUUGUGGGGUUUCAGAAGCAAUAUUUGUGAUUAGUAUUGACUUUCGGGCCUGGAACAGCAUAAUCCUAUUUCCUCUGUAUCGGGACCAGUAGGCAAACAAUAUUUCAGAUGCUCCUGAGUGGCCACUGGGCCACCGAAGGCCACCUUUGGUCAAGUACUCGUCUAUGUAUUUUACUUACUUGUUUUUCUUUUUUUCUCAGUGUCUCAGCAAUUCAGUGUUUCGUUUUUUUGUUUGUCUAUAAUGUGCAAUGUGCGUUCUCCCAGAAUAGUCCCAUUUUCAAGGCUUUAGUUUUACCCGACCUAUUGCAUUCUGACUGAAUUAUAUUCCAUUCGUUAACAUUGAAUAUUGUUUUUGUAUUUCAGAUAAUGUGAAUGUCACUAUUAAUCUACACUUUGAAAAGGGCGAAACUGUGUUUUUUGCUAAUUAUUCGUAUCCAUUUUAUAACUGUAAACAAGCAAUGUAUCUCUCCGAAAAUUUGCCGUAAGUAUUUAUACCAUGACUUCAGAUAUGCGUAACAUUAAACUGCUAUUAAAGCCUAUAACAAGUAACAAUUAUCAGAAUGUAUCUAGGCAGUGUUAUGCCCAUAUUGUCAUACCCCUACUUAUACCCUUUGUUUCACUAUACCCACUCCCUCUAGCAUGUAAGCUCAUUGAGCAGGACCCUCAACCCCUCUGUUCCUGUGCGUCAAACUUGUCUGGUUACAAUUACAUGUCUGUUAGUCCACCCAUUGUACAGCGCUACGGAAUUUGCUGGUGCUAUAUCAAUAAUAAAAUAAUAAUAAUACUAUAAAAUGUAUUAAUGAAUAGCCUAAAUCCCAUUGGUGCAUUACUUUAUUUUGCCUAAUGAGGAAACUGAUAAAGGCAAGCCUGUGUAAAAUCAUUCUUGCCACUUUCAUUAGUAUUAUGGAGCAUGUCGUUUUUCUACAACUGCCGAGCUACCUGCUGAUUACUCCAGAAAAGCAUGCUACUAUUUCAACGAAGGAAUCUAGUCUUGCAUCCCUUUGAAGUAUAUUAACAGAUACAUUUAUAAACGUGUCAAUAACACAAAUAAUUGCUGCUUUUGUUACAAAUAUAUGAGAACUACUUUCAAUGUGUGUUUACGUGUUAAUUUCUCUAAACAUUUAAUUGUAGUAUUGUAGUGGUUAUGGUGCUAGGCAGCUAAGUCGUACCAUGGUUACGGUGCUUCAAUUACUAUAUCUGCUGCCAAAUGAAAUAUAUGAACACUAAUGCCCGGGCAUCUGCUUUGGUUUCAGGUGCUCUUCUUGUGUGAACAGUCAGUGGAAAUGUCAGUGGGCACCAGAUAAACACACUUGUUCGGAUUUUAACUUAGAUACGGUAAGUCAUUGUCACUGUACUUACUUUGUGUUAAUGCUGCGUUCCAACCUGGACUCAUUGCGAUAGAACAAAUAAAUAAAUGACACAUGUUUGGUGGCCAUCAUGGAACUUCCAAGCCACAUGGCCAGGUGUCAUCUUGGAACUCCAUAAACACAGUGAAUUCUAACACAGCAGUUAUUGUGAAACCCUUUGAAUUGCUCAAAAUGAUUCAUCCAAAACGAUGAACCACAACACUAUUGAAACGGCUCUGACCAAAGUAUCAAACAAUUUAAUCACUGCAAAAUCUAGUGGUCACUAUUCUAUCUUAAUUCUCCUUGACGUUUUGCUGUUUUUGUUGGUCAUCAACAACUUCUUCACAUCCUCCGUAAUCUCGGUCUGCGAGUUACUGCUCUCUCUUGGUGCUCCUCCUAUCUCACCCAGCGCUCUUGUAUUGUUUCUUUCUCUGACUCUGCCUCUUCUCCACAACCACAAUCUCUGUUGAUGUUCCCCAAGUUUCUGUCCUUGGUCACCUGCUGUUCUUGAUCUACAUUGCUUCCAUUGGUAAACUCAUCAGCUCCUUCGGCUUCGAAUGUCAUUUCUAUGUGGAUAAUAAGCAAAUCUAUCUGUCCUCUCCUGAUCUCUCUCCGUCCCUCUUGACUAGUGUCACUGACUGCGUCUCUGCUAUUUCUAACUGGAUGGCUGCCCACUUCCUUAACCUUUUCCUGUCUUUCUUCUGUCUAGUACUGUUACUCCUGUUUCUCUCUUCCUCCAAGUCAAAGGCGCUUUCAUAAUUUUAACCUCACAGGAUUGCUGCCCAGGUGUCCUCUUUGACUCCAAACUUUCUUUCGCCUCUCAUGUGCAGUCAAUUGCCAAAUCCUGCUACAUACAUUUACAAAAACAUAGCGGUCAUUCUCCACUAUAUACUGCCGGACACGGCUAAGGUGCUAGUCCAUGUCGCCAUCUUCUCUCGCCUUGACUACUGCAGUCAGCUUCUCAAUAAUCUUAUGUGUUCCCUACUUGCUACAUUACAGUCUAUAAUGAAUGUAGCGGCAAAGAUCUUCAUCCUGUCAAUCUACACCUCCCAGGCCUCCUCCCUCUGUUGGUCCUUACAUUGGCUUCCCAUAAGAUACAAGGCUCAAUUUAAAUUUCUGUUACUUGCUUACAAAUAUAUACCUAACAAUGCUUCUACCUACCUAUCCUCCCUAUUAUACAAGUAUGUCCAAUCAAGGCCUCUAUGCUCCACCGUCUAUCCCUUGUCUGUACUCACAUCUCUGAUGCUUGCCUUCAAGACUUCUCUAGGGCUGUACCUCAAGGUCAUAGCAUGACUUAAAAUAUGCAGUGGAGUGCAACAAAUUUAAAUAACAAAAUGAUCUGUCAAUCACUGUGCCAGAAAUACUUCUACAGGAGUUAUGAAAAUCCUGCUGCACGUAUGUUUUAUAAUCUGUGCAUCUUUUGUAUCAACCCUCUCGAAGGCUUGAUAUCACAUAGUUUGAAACAUUGAAUCUGUCACACAAAAAAAAUCUGUUUGUUGUUUUAGACUUGACCACAUUUCAGAACUUACUGUUAAAGCGGCACUGUCAAGCUAAACUUACCUUUCCCCAAUCGAUUAAUCUCUCCCUCUGUCAGGAUCUGUUCUUCAUUUCUUCCUGUCUGCUCUAGUUUUCUUUAAACCAUAAGACAAAGUAGGGACUAUUUGUCUUAGGAGGUUUCCUACACCUGACCAUCUCUGACUAGCAGAGGGGCAAAGUGUGCUCCGUUUCCUGAGGUCAGAAAAAUUUUCCCACAAUUCUUACCUUUCCUCUAUGAUCUCGCGAUGCUUCCUGUCAGUAUUCCCGAACGCCGGCAAAACUACAGAAUUUGGGGGGCCUAAAUGAAAAGUCCAGACGGUAAAAAAAAUAAUCCUUCUUAUAGAGCCUUCCCACGCCCUGCAAUUAAGCUCAUAGCGGCCUGAUUGAUUGGUUUCAGUUACCUGUCACAGCACUCUGAUUGGUUGGCUUGAAAUCAUGGGUGGGGGUAGGGGGGUGACAAUAGGUCCCCCACAUUGUCAUUUUAAGCCCCACACGUCAUACAUGAUUGAUGGCCAUGGGGGAGGACAAAAGGUCACUCCUCCCCAUUUUCAUUUAGGGCCCUCACCCGCCGCUCAUGGGUGGGGUCUGGGGCGAGGACAAUAGGUCCCCCCUUUAUUGUAAUUUAGGGCCCCCACCCGCGGCUCAUGAGUGGGGCCAAGAGGGAGGACAUUAGGUCCACCCCCCCCCUCCCCACUGGGGACCAGUGGUUUUACUUGGUCAGUGCAGUCAUACUUACUGAUAGCUACUAGGGGUUGAUUUACCAAAAACGGCCAUGUUAUAAAUUGCACGGUUAAGAGGACACUGCACCCGGACCACUUUAUUGAGAUUAAGUCUUGGUGACUAUAGUGGUCCUUCAAUGGUGUUCUUUGAUUGACCUUGGGAAGGAAUUGUUGUUGUCAAACUUUGACUCUGGUUUGUUACAGCAGAAGCCCUAUUCUCAUGUGACGGCAUAUGUCUUAUUUUUAAACCAUGCCUCCACCAACUCCUUGAGUGAUUUGCAAUAUAAUUUCAGAUGAGUAGGAGAAAAUAAGACAGAACACCCUGAUAAAUAAACCAUAAAUAUGCACUUAAGGAAUUUACUAUGUGAUAUAUGGAAAGUAAAAUGUUUGUGUUUCAUUUUCAGGUGAAUGAAGGAACGAUCACAAGGGUAAGUUAUUUUGUUGACUGGUGUGAAUGUUUAUUAAUACUAUUAAUGAGAAUAUUGCAAUGUGGGCUGAUAGGGUAUUCACUGAAGUGAGAUUUACUGGGAAUUUCAAACUGAAGACCAAACUAGCCAAACUGAAAACAGAACUGAUUAGGAGAAUUUUUCUACUUCGGUUAUUUUGGCCUACAAUUUUUAAUUCACUUUGAAUUCUGGGCAGCUCAUACCUCGUGAAUAACCCAUGCCGUGAAAGACAAAAAAAAAAAAAAAAAUCAAAAAUCAGGUUUUGUGAAUAACUGAUUGAGUGGAAUGUUAUUGAUACAGUGUGGCAUGCAGUCUGUGUCUGCACAAGAAACAAUGUAAUGUUUAAAUCUUAUGAUACACCGGUACCCUGUGUGAAUCCCUCCCAACCGUGCUCCUAUAACGAGCAGUAGGUGUAUGUUUGGCCUAAGCGGACGCUCAGAUUGUUUAUUUGCUUGGACCUGCUACUAUGGUAGUGGUCACUCAUCCAAGCACUGUACAUUUUUGUGAACUACAUUCCCCAUGAUGCUUAGCAAGCCAUUUGAAUAAGAGCUGCUGUGCACAGAUAUCUAAGAUUCCUAGAUUGGCUAUUACUAUCUUAUGAUAUUUGCGGGUUGUUCUUUAAACUAUAUUGCUUGUGUGGCUGAGAUCUAGAGGAUAAAAUACACCAUUACACCAUUUUGUUUUCCUGUUGUUAGGAAGAUAUUGUCUCUAUUUUCCUUGUGGUUAUACCUUUGCUGGUGGUCUUUAGUGUUUCUGUUUUGGUGGGCUCUUAGCAGUCACCCAUGCGAAUCCCUGGAGUUUAGUUAAACCAGAAUACAGAGUAAUUAUGAAUCAGUCCAACCAGAUAUAGUAAUCUUAGAAGCAGGGCUGUGGAGUCGGUACACAAACUGCCCAACUUAUGGUACCUCUGACCCCUUAAGUUGUAUUUUACCCUGCAUCGUUAUAAUACAAUUACUAUAUUACACUUUACCAUGUGUGCGGGAGUAUAAGUCGUUAAUUAUUUUGCCCAUUGACUUAGAAGAAUAUAGACCUAAACCAAUAUUACAGCUCUAAUUUUGGGGGUCUAUGAUGACUUCUGAACUGUUUGAGCUUUUAAGUAGCGAAUUGAAUAUCUGAUUUCAUAAUGUAGGUGAAUAUAGUGAAGGAGUUACUAUAACAUACUUAAUUAUGUUUUAUCCAAAUGAACUAUUUUUAUUUUAAUAGUUUUUUCAAAUUUGCAAUUCGGUUUCGAUUCAGUCCAACUUGAUGUUUAGUAAAUAAACCCAAGAGGUUAGUAAUUUGUCUGAGUUUUCAGAUUUCCGACAUUAAAUUUGAAUCCCUCGUAAUACACGAACAUCUGGUAAUUGGUAUGGGUUAGAAGUGUACAAAUCCAUGCCUGUGUGCUUUUCGAUAAACCCCUCGAUAUGCUACUAUCGUGUGUCAUAGCUAGAGAGCUGCUUGUGUGCAUUUACAUGCUGGCUAAGGAUUAAAAGGUUGAUGCUGAGCUUAGCCGAAAUAUUAUGUUGUAUCAUGUGAAAUCCACAAAACCUGGCUAAAUACCAUAGACUCCAUUUACAUCAACAUUCUCGAGUGCAGCUUGCGUUUGUAUGUGCCAAUAUUUUCCUACGUGAUGGUGUAAUUUACUAACCAUGUUAUAAAUGUGUUCAUCUUUUGGCUAUUUGUUUAAAUCCUUUCCUGUAAUGUCAUACUGUAACAUAGUCACUAUUGCACAACUACAUAGUGUGAAGUGGUUUAUUACUAAAUCUCAUAUGCUCUAUUUUUUAUAUAAAUGGCUUUUUCGCCUAUUUUUUAAUUUGCUGAUUUACCGUGCGUACUUACCCAUAUACCAGAAACUUAGAUAAGUCGAAACCGCAAGCAGUCUAAUGAUUACUUGUUUCCAAGUGAGUCAAAUAUUUAUAGAGGGGCUUAAAAUAAUAUUUUAUACCAGAGGGUUUUUCCUCCUUUUCUCCCGUUUUUCUUUUCAUGAAACAUUACAUUUUUGUUGUACAUUGUACGACUGUGUUUCAGAGAGAUGUAUAAACUGGAAGCAAGACAAUAAAAGUAUGUCAAGUCCACUUGGUAUGGUUUUACGCACAUGUUCUUGAAAUUUAGAGAAUGUGAAGUUAAACACGUUUGGCUUGUAUAAAUUCUAAUUUAGCAUCAUGAGAAAUAUGGUUCACAAACACCUGGUGUUACCCAUCACUGAUAUAGACUGACAGAGUUAUUCACUGAAGUCAGAAUUCAAAGGGAAUUUCAAAUUUAAGGUCAAAAUAGUCGAGCUAAGUUAGCUGUGCUUUUUGUUUGGCUACUCGGGCCUUGAGUUUGAAAUUCACUUUGAAUUCUUUCUUUAGUAAAUAAGCCUGUGAGUGUUCAUGGUUGAAGUCUAAUUUUGAUCUUGAUUCUUUAUUUGAUCCUGUAUUGGUGUUAAGUAAUGCAAACGUUGACUUUCAGGAAGAAGAUUGUCCUCAGUUCUUUGAUCCGGAACCUUCGAUUAUUCCGAUGGAACAUAAAACCACCAUAAAAUUUAAAGGGAAGAAUCUGGAACAUUUCCAGGUAAAACACCUUCGCUUUGGAAUUAAGUUGUGGCUCUCUGAAAAUCCCCAAAUCAGAAACACACUAGUUGACAUUUAAAGGGCCAUAUAAAAUCUUGUGUUUUUUUUUUUUUCUAUUUCUUUUAAGAAUUUUUUUUAACCGAUUCAUUAAAAGUAAACAACCAAAAUAUAUAUAUAUAUAUAUAUAUUUUUUUUUUUUUUAAAUAAAAACUCUAACUUUAAGUUCCUGCAUUUUCUGCAAAUUAUCAGGUCAUGCAUAUUCUGCAGUGAGCUCUUACUAAACCAGGAAAUGUAUGUAGUUAGGGUUAUAAAAAAAAACAAAAACAUUUGUAUGUUUUUUUUGUUUUUUUUUUAAAGAACUGUACAAAACAAAAAAAGUAAUUGUUUAAUUAUAACUGAACCCACGCAUUGCAAUAAAUGUGUGGUUUCUUGGCGUGUCACUUUAAUAGUGUUUGUUAGAUAUGUUCGUGUUUAUUGGGCUGUAUAUAUGUAACUAAGAGUUUUGUGAUAAUGCAGGGAGAGGCCUUCAAUGCUGGCUACAAUCGCACCGAUUUCGAAACAGCUGUGAGCGAGGAUUCUGGAGAUUUUUCACUCGCCAUACCUGAGGUAUUUGAUCCUGAUAUCAAUAUUUUUUCUCCUAGAUAUUAAGACGAUGCGCAUUUCACUUGAUCAGAGAAGAAAACAUAUUCUCUUCUUUACAUAUUUGUGCUCGCAGUAUAAAACACAGUUUCUGUCUGUUUAUAUAUCCGUUAUUUAUUGAGGUUAUAUCAAACAUCACGGGAUAGGAUACACCCAAUACUGUGAUACCCUCUGCUACAUUGAUGCUGAUGUGCAGUCCAAUGUAAUGAGAGGGAUUAGUACAAUAAUGUUGCUAUUUAUCAACUCUGUAAGUGUACUAGUAUACCAAUGGCAGAUCUAUGUUUCUGUGCUGAGAUUAGUGGGGGUUGCACUCCUGAGCAGUAGCUUCCACCAUUUUAAUGACGGCAGCUGAAAUAGCUGCUACCUGGGAUUGUAACUCCCACUAAUCUCAGGCAGAACUGGAAAUCUUUGCUGCCCUUAACCCCUACCCUAUCCGAUUCCCCCAACCAAUACACUACGCAUUGUCUUAUCACACGACACUACACACUGUUGUUUACUCUAUAUAUGUCUGUAUAUUUGUAGAGAAAAAUGUAGACUGUUUUGUUUUUUUUAUUGUGUGCAAUAUUCCCUGCAUUAAGGAAAUUGAGGCUGGGGCAGCAUGGGAAAUCGACCCAACCUUUAUCAGCAGAGUCUGGAUUUCUAGGGAACCUAGAACAUUUAAGACUGUCAUUGAUUGUGUGACACAUGUUCUGUUUUGUUCUGUCAUUAAUAUGUAGUCACCCCUACAAUGGAAUCUCCCUAGAUCACUAAUCCCAGUGCGUCUAGCUAUUAUUGUGUGUUGAGUCAGGCAGAGGGAGUGGCUGUGCAGAUUUCAUGUCUGUCUUUGUUCCCCUCUCCUGCACUGUUAGUGCGGGUUAUUUUAUGAACCUCUGUCCUAUUUCCCAGCAUUGCACAUGUAAUUGCUCUUAGCAGAUGUGGAUAUGUCCUUUGCUCUGAGUGGAUCACCAGUCCGUUUACAGUUGACUGCUGGUGCGUGUCUUUUGUGCCUAAAAGUUCUCGGCUUGAAUAGUCUCCAAUUUCUUCCAGUUCUUUCUGUUUUCAUGCCCGUUAUAUGGCACAUCGGGUGUCCUGUUAAAAUGGGUUGCAGAAUAAUUAUGUUUGCCUCCCUGCCUCUUUUUAAUUCUAGCAUUCAGAGUAUUUUAUGAGUUUUGUUCAUUAUUCUUUUUGUGUUGUCCCUCUCCUUCCCCCCCUAGAUUGCAGCACAAAAUAAAGACAAUGUCCCUCUGAAUAUUUACAUAAAGGUGAAGGACAGGAACAUUGACAGCAAGCUGAAUGGUAGGUGUAUGCACAAUAAAUCUAACUGUAUUUCUUUUUUCUUUGAUAUAUCGAAGUGCAUUUUAAAAAAUAAAAAUUAAAUCUGAUCCGAAAAAAAUCAGUAUAUAAAGUGUAUAUCCGAUAAGUAAUGGUUUUAAUCGUUAUACGGUGGCAGGAAAUUUUCUAGUAGAUUUAAGACAAGGGAGGCCAGAGAGGUAGACCCUCAGCUGUUGCAGAUGUCCCACCCAUACGAUGCUUGGCAUUAAGCUGUCCAUCACAGAACUCGCAGUUCUGCAAGAGCUGGUGGUCUGUCUUUUGUAAACUCCUGAAUGAAAAGAUAUAGAAUGAGUUAGUCAUAUCCCAUUUAUAUUUUAACAUCGAUAACAUGUCAUUGCUCACAGUGAGGUUUAACGAUAAUUUCUCAUUAUUUACGCACAUUAUACAGAGGUAAAAUUGUAUCCUCUGUAAAAAGUCAUUGUAUUAAUGUUGUUUGUGGGAUAUGUUCUCCUUAAAACAUAUAUUAUUGGUGAUUAUACGAACUGUUAAAGUUGAAGAUAUUUUGUCCAGUUUAACGUAAUAAAAGCUGUAUUUUAAUUUCAUACUUUUUUCUAACUCUGUAAUGUUAUGAUUUAGUAAUUAACAAGUAGCAGAUUUCUUUAUUUCUAAGCACAGUUGAUUUGUAACUUUUUCACGUAGCGGUUUCUUUGCUGCAUGAAAUUCACAUCCUCUAGCUUAUAACCGUACCACACUGUGAUGUUCCCUAGUGAUAUCGACCGUUCGGCAGAGUGUGUGCUGAAAAUGUGAGAUAUUACCAGGGAUGCUGGGAGAGAACAUCAAUAGACAGAAAACGUCAAUACUAGCUCCCAUUUCCACGCUCACGAACAGUCUUUAUGGAAUUUAUGGAGAAUAGAACUGUUUUAUUAUUUAAAGAACUUCAUAUAGUCAGACCUGCUUAUAUAUUAACAUGAUCUGUAAAUAACAUACAUCUACAGCGUUUAAAGAGAACCCCACUGUGUAACAUGUUGAUGAUACUAUGUAUCUUUUCGGCUCUCUCCUUUGUUCUUAGUAAAUCUAUACAACUGCUUUUACGGAAGAAGUGACUGCAGUUUGUGUCUCGCUGCCAACGAUACGUACGAGUGUGUGUGGUGCAACAAUAAAUGUGUUUACAAGGAAAAGUGUACGGGAACGCCAACCUCAGAGUGUCCUGCUCCUGUCAUCACAGAUGUAAGAAUGGGUUAAAACUAUUUGAUUUGUGAGAAUAAGUCACUUUAAAGAAAUGAAUAGCACAUAUAACGGCUGCAGUUAAUAUUGUGAAUUGUGCAUAAUCUCAAAAUACAACACCAAUUUUACAAACGUUCAUACCUCAAUGUUCUGUACUCUCUCCGGCAGACUCUUUUAAAAUACUUACUUAUUGUGGCACAAACUAUAUAUUCUAAUUUUAAAGAGAGAGUUCACGCGCAGCCCAGAGCAGUCUGUCUGUUGGAAGUGCUCUCAGCAACCUGAUACGUAGAGGGACACUAUAGUCACCAAAACAACUUUAGCUUAAUAAAGCCGUUUUGGUGUAUAAAUCAUGCCUCUGCAGUCUCACUGCUAAUUUCUCUGCCAUUUAGGAGUUAAAUCACUUGUUUAUGCAGCCCUAGUCACACCUCCCUGCAUGUGACUUACACAGCCUUCCUAAACACUUCCUGUAAAGAGUCAUCUAAUGUUUAAACUUCCUUUAUUGUAAAUUCUGUUUAAUUAAGAAGUUCUAAUAUCCUGCUCUGGUAAUAGCUUGCUAGACCCUACAGGAGCCCCCUGUGUGUGAUUACAUUUCAAUUUACAGAACAGGAAAACUAUUAACUUUUAACAUAAGUUACUGAUUGAAAAUUAAACCAUUUAGUUUUUUUAUGCAGACUGUUUGAGUCACAGACAGAAAAGGUGUGGCUAGGACUGCCUAAACAGAAUCAAAAGUGAUUUAAAUCCUAAAUUGCAGAGAAUUGAGCAGUGAGACUUCAGGGGUGUGAUCUAUACACCAAAACUGCUUCAUGAAACUAAAGUUGUUUAGGUGACUUUAGUGCCCCUUUAAAUUUCAUAUUUGAAAAUAAAGAAAUAUGGCUAUUGCACAUCUACAUUUUUGCAUGUUUCACUCUGUUACAUAAUAUCGUUAAUUCAUUCGACUUUAAGACUUUAAGAAUGUUUGCUUAACUGUAUUUUCAAACUGCGUUAUAAUAGCAGAGAUUGGAAAGAAGGAAUAUUGAACGAUGCUUAUUUGACUGGGUUUCAUUUCCUCAAGGCAGUUUUUUGUUUUUAGUUUAAUUUUUGCCUAGUUUGGAACAAAUCAAUGCUUACUGCAAACUCAGAGGACACACAGUCUCUUCUCCGACCGUGCUCGGGCUACGAUAUAUAAAAUAUUCUUCACCUCUUAGUGGUUUCUGCUGUGACACGUAUUUAUCUCUUGACAGGAUUUUGCACUUUAGCCUGCUCGGUCAUUUUUAAACUAUGUGCGGUAUUUUUUAUGGUAAAUUCUUGUAAGUGUUUUGGCUCAGAUAAGCUGUCAAUGAGGAUAAAAGAGAUUUAAUAAAAAUCAAAGGCUAGCUGUAGUCUGUCCACGGAUCGCAAUGUGAUCUUGGUAUUAGCCGUAUCGAUAUCUAGGAAGAGCAGGGGCUUAUCCAAAUCUCAGUGGUGGCUGGAGACAUGGAUUCUUCUUUAUUUUGCACAUUUUUUUUAAAAACCUUUUAGCAGGAGUUUUUGUGCAGCGUACUGUAGGAAGUGAGGUUUAUUCAAUAAACAGUGUAUUGCCAAAUUGAUGCAAAAAAUUUAAAAACAUUUAAAACUUGCCUAUUUUAACUUAAAUUUUAAAAUUUGUAUUUCAGAUCAUUAUAAUUCUCUAUUUAGUGAAUCAAACCAAUAUUGCAUUAAAAAAAAAAAAAUGUACUAUAAAGGCCUGGGCAUUCUACUAGAGCAAUUCAUUUUUUGUUUCCCAUCCAGCUUUUUGACAUGUCAUGAUUCAGAGGUUCUUAUUUUAGUAUUUUUUUUUUUUUUAGAAUUUUUUGUAGUUUGUAUAUAUUGUGUUACUCAUAUUUUUUUUAUUAAAUGUUAUUAAUAUUUAUAAUGUUAUCUGGGUAAAUAAAGUUUCUGUUUUGUGGUUUCUAUAAAGUAUUUAUGGGGCUCUCACUAAAUGUAAUCUUAUGGCAAUGGUCGCUACUUAAUACCCCACAGAUGUUGCUGGCUAGGCUUCAUGAGAUGUGUCGCUAAGAAACAUAUGUGGUGCGCAGGUCAACCAUCAAUAUUUUAAAGCAACAAGCAUGUUUUUAAGCGCCCCUCUUGAAGUUUCUGUACCAAUAAAAUUCUCCGCAACCUGUUUAUUUUGAUGUAAUGUAGCCUCAUAAAUCAAAAGACUUGAUUCAUGUUACAGAAGUAUGUUUUCAGGGGUAGGGUGUGAGUUCGAUACACAAGGAUAAAGGGCAGGAAAUGCCUGAAAACAUGUAGUGACAAAAAUAGAAUAACAAAAUAAAACAGACCAAACAUAACAUGCUAACAAAGCAUUACAAAGAAAAUAUCAGAACACUAAUAUUAGGGAAACACAGCACUCAAAGAAAAUAUAACCACUAAAACAUUCAGAUACUCUGUGUAUCCGAAAUCCGGAAUGUUUUACUUUAAGGGAUUGCUCAGCAGCAAUUAUUUACUACACAACUUUCAUUUUACGUGACGUAGAGUAACACUGCUUUGAGUGAUCUAAUGCCUGUCUAGUUUCUAAUAAUCAAAGUUGUGAAAUAUUUGCCAGAAAUGAGAAGUAAUCGGUGUCAGAUUGUUCCUGCUUGAUUUUGUGACCGUAUACCAGUAUUAAUAGAAUCCCAGUAUUGUGUUGGUCUUAUUGCCAUUCUUCUCUAAGUGAUCUUAGUAAGUAUAUCUAUUACAUAGUCAGAGAGUUCACUAGAGUACAUGGUGGCACCUUGUACCAAAAGGGCUGGUUAGGACGUUGUAUGGCUAGAAUGAACAGGGGCUAUGUGAGACGGUGGCUGGCUACAAAGGACAAUGGGCUUCUUAGGAUCAUGUAUGGCUACAAAAGGCAAGGGCUGUGCAGUGACAUUUAGUAAUUUUUUUUUUUUAAAUUAAUGCUGUUUUUUUCACCCUUUUUUCCCUCUUCAGUUUGAGCCUAAAACGGCUCCGCUACUUGGUGGGAUUCGUCUUACUAUAAAGGGAUCAAAUUUGGGGGUGAUCGAUACAGAUGUGGAAGAAAUAAAAGUUGUAAACACUCCGUGUGAAUUUGUGAAAGAAGAAUAUUCCGUUUCCACCAGGUAAGCGUGGCCUUUAAUUUCUGUUAUUCUUUUAUUUGUUUUUUCCAUAAUUAUUAGCAUAGUAUUAUUAGUAUAGUUAACGUGUUUAAGUUCACUCUGAAGUACAUUUCGGCAAAAGUACAAAAUGAAUUGCAGGGUGCAAAGUGCCUCAGAUGUUACUGUCUGAAUCCGUUUAUGUAACAUUCAUUGUUCCUGUCAGGAAUAAUUUAAUGGGAUUCCGAGUCAGACACCACACCGUCCUAGCACCUUUAAGAGUGUAAGAUUUUAGUCUGUCACUGGUCCUUCCUUGUUAGCUGUUAAUGAGAUCGUCUAACAUGUUCUGUAGAAGGCACGUUGUAUUUUAAUGCGAGAAAGCACAGAGAACACUGCAUUCUAUUUAGAGAAAGAAAAUCAUUCACUUGGUUACAAUUUUAAUUUUACAUGUGGGUAAGAGAGGCAUCAUAUAUGAAUAGAACCUUCGGGGAGGGUGGUUUAUGAUACCCUAUAACAGUGAUCCAUCUCUCACGCAAUCUAUAGCAGAAUAUUUCAUGGACUUUGAGGAAACUUCCAUAGAGAAUCAUUUAAAUAAUUAGAAAAAAAUUUCUACACUUGCUCAAUAAACAGGAAAUGUUGAGACACACUGUUUGCCAGAGUGUGUGAAUCUGGGCAAUUGGCAGACUGGCAUGUGGGUUUGCUAUUUCACUCGGCCAUUCUCCUAACAAAGCUCUGUAUGUGUUAGAACUAGGAUUUCCAGGUCAACUAUAAAUAAAUCUAUAUACAUUUGUCGUUAAAUGAUAAUUGCUGUCAGGAAGUAUGUGGACUUCCCUACAGAACUCUCUGUAUUGCCACCUUGCCUGUGAAUUGUACAACAUGCAAGGGAGCACUUUUCAUAUGCUGCCCAACAGCAAAAAAAGGUUUUAUUAUAUCCAGAAAAACAUGGUGGAUGUGGGAACACUGGCCCCCCUUUUUUUUCUCAAUUGCAAAUGGUCCUUUUUUAUUUUACAAAGCUUUUGAGACUAAUUGUUAUUUUUUUAUGGAGUAAUAUUAUUUUUUCUCCUUUAGGGUUGUGUGCACAGUUGGUGAAUACUUUGACGGUAGCACCUCAGGAAAUAUAGAAAUAAAGGUUAAAGAGAAACAGGGAAGUUCCCCGGAUGGUCUUUUGUUUGUCUAUCAGGUGAGUAUUUCUUUGUCUGUGAAACAUUUAAGCUGUUCAUUGAAGCCAUAUUUCUCCACACCAUAGUCUUAAUCCCACAGCACCGUAGCCAUAUUCCCUAACCGUGCAUAAUAACCAUAGUCCUAGCAUAUUUCUCAGUCCUAUAAAAAAAACUAUAGUGUUACAUAUAUAUUACACAGUGUUACAUGUAUAUUACACAGCCCAAUUGCUCUAUCCCACCAUACCCAUAUUCUCCCUCCCGCAAUGGGGGUUUAGUGCAAUGCUGCCUUGUGGAAUUUGGAGGUUUAUAUGAAUAUUCCGUUUACCUGAAUCUGUUAUACCAUGAUAUCCCCUCUCACACGUAUAGCACCACAACAGAGUGCAGACAGGUAUGUGUGCACAGACCGACUGAUUUAGAGAUUCCGCUAGUAAGACAUUGUAUCGAACGUUUAAACCUUCCCUAACACUACAUUUCCAACUUGGUAAUUGUGAAGUUAGAUGUACAAUUUCCUGGUCAAUUCUCCACAUUUCCUUGUUUAAUGAACAAACCAUCAUGAUAAACAAAAUAUAUAUAUAUAUAUAUGAAUGUUGGCACUCAAACUGUGAUUUGGUACAGGUAUCGAGGUUCCCCACCUAUAAUAAACCUCAAAAUAUAAAUACAAAAAUAUAGAAAAUGAUACCGCACUUCAAAAGUCGAUGCUCAAAAAAGGGAUUUUUUUUUUCUUUAUAUUAUACACAAAGGCAAUCCAAUAUCAAAGAAAGCUGAAUACACUAUAGUACAUAACUUCACACCAAAAGGAGCAAACAAUAUCUUUGUCCUGACCCAGUCUCAAAUUAAUACUGAAAUCUGUGCUUCAGCCACGUGACCUGUAAAGUCCUUUAGAAAAUGAAGAGUUCCUUCCAUAAUUGUUGCGCAGUGUCCUCGGUUACUAUUUAAAAAAAAUACAAAAUGAAAAAAAUAUAAAAUAGAGAAUCCUAGAAUUUCAAAACAAAAAAAUAUAUAUAUAUUUCUAUGUUCACCUUUUUGAGAUACUCGACAGCUUAUACGACAAUCACCGCAACCACUCUGAUACAGAUCAAUUAUUCUCAUUACUUUCACACGUGAUUAUGAGGUUGAAGCAGACAUUCUUUUCAAUAAACGUAUCAUCCUUUAAUUCAUGAAAUAAGGGGGGGAAUCUGCUCCUCCCCCAACAUCUGUUGCUUUUGAAUAAUUAUUUAUAAAGAGUCAUCAAGGUUGCGUAGUUCGUUAGUAGCCUGGCCUCCAUUCAUACACACAUUAUAUUUUGGAUACAAUGGAAGAGAAGUAAUAAAAGAGUCACAAAACAAAAAGUCUAAAAAUGGCUUAAUCAACACAGAAAUGUUGUAAUUGGCAGGAAUAUUCCACAAAAAAUACACGUUUGGAACUUUGAUCCAAUGUCAUCAAAUAUUUUAAAAUGCAGUCAUGCCUUUAAUUCCCAAACCUUUUACUGCGUUACUUUCUUAAAUGCAGAAUUAAUCCGUUCAGAUUGUAAAGGAGACUUCAAUCCAGAAAAUGAAUCGGGAAUUGUAAUGCUCCAGUUAAAUUAUCAUUUUUUAUUUAUUUUUUGUCAUUUGACAAGUUUGAGGAAAGAGAUACCUUAAAGAUCCUACAGGAAAAUCAGUUGCAAUUUAUCUGAUAUCAGAGAUUUGUUCCCCAGCUAGUGUCAUGACUUGAGGCAAUGCAAAUGAGUAUUGAGUAUGUGAGCUGCAGGCUGAUGCUGACACUACUGUAGCCUCUUCUUCCCAUCUGAGCUCUGUGCAUCCUUUGUGUCAAAGGCAACUGUCAGCCUCAGAUGGUUGGGACCAGCUAGCUCUGUACUUUCUUGGCUCCCUUCCUAGUGUGUACAGGAAGUGUGGAAUUUCUGAUGGUCUUUGGCACGGUAGCUACAGAUCAAAGGUGACAUCUGCCCUUUUGGGAAAUGUUCAAACUUCUGCUUGGAUUUUUUUUUUUUUUUGUUGCUUAGGAUUACUUAAUGGGCUUUUUUUUUUUUUCCUUAGAUUUUGUUUUUAUUUCUCUGAAAGUUCUGUGUAGAAUGUAAUGUUUGUUACGGGUUUCUUUAAUGCCUUAAUAUUCUAUCUUGGUUUUCAAGUCACACUUUGGUUAGCAGAACAUAUUUCAUACAUGUAUGUAUAUUUAUAUUCCACCACUGAAUAAUUUACAGCUUUAUCAAAUAUUUAAAUAUAAAUGAUUUAAUCCCUUCUGGAUUGGGCAGAUCUGUAUGAUGACAUUGUUAAUUAUGAAGCGCCAACAGAUUCCGUAAUGUUGUGCAGUGGGUGGCCGUGACAUAAAACAUUUUUUUUUUUUUUUUUAAAAGAUGAGUGUGACAGGACCUGUCAAGCCAUUAGUCAGUAAGGGGUUAAAAUUGAAUAAAUUAAUUAUCUCCUUUUUCGAUUUGAGCAAUGCAGAGCAAUUCUAUGCAGUAUUUAAGGGAUAAUCUGUAUCCGAAUCUUAAUUAUAAUGUUAUCCAGGUUUGCACUUUUCCAUCUUCGUACAAUAUUUCCAUUGUAUCGCUCUAACACAAGAAUUGUGGCUGACCGUCAUAGCACAAGUUAGUCUAAAGUUUUAUGACCGGCGGGUAAUAUAUUAAUCUAGUAAAGUCACAUGCAGGAAAUAUAACGUUUCUAAAGCCAGGAAACCUUUUUUUUUUUUUUUUUUGGUCGUACGGUUGUUGUUAGAGACUCUGUAGUUUUGGGGUCAGCCAAAUGUAAAUUAAAACAGUAGCUAAUUGUGUGAUGACAAGAGUUCAGCUGCUAGGAUUUUUUUUGUUUUUUUCCCCUAUAAAAUGUAGCACUGAACUAGUAGAUACCGUGUCAAUGAAAGUCUUCACUGAGUUUAGCUUAUAAUGAAUAACGAUAUGGGAAGACCAGUGUUGAAAAAAUGUUGAAAAAAUCACUUUUGUUUUGCUUGUAUAAAGAUGGAAAUUUGUGUCGACUAAUUACAUAGCUGUAAAGUUUAUUCAUGUACAGUGAGUCUCAUAUUUGCUCCACUUGGCACCGCAAUCUAGAUCAGUCCUGGCACAGCCAAAGUACACAUUGCAUUGGAGAAUUUCUACAUUUAAUAUUAAUUAUUAUUAAUUCCUCGCAAACAUAGAUUUGUUAAAUAGACGUAAGGCGUAAAUGUAAUAUUUAAUAUCUUAUGUAGUGACAGUUCCCGUUUUAAAAAACGUUACCAUUUCUAUAAUUUCACUAGCAGUAGUACAUUAUAAAUUCACUGCAGUAAAAUUGUAAUUGUAUUAUGUGGGGUUUGCAAUCCCACAUGCGGUUACAUAGUUACAUAGGCUGUAAAAAGACAUGCGUGCUUCCUUUAAGUUCAGCCUUUCUCACAUCUGUUUUUACCGUUGAUCCAAAAGAAGACAAAAAAAAACAUUUCAAGCGCUUGCAAUUUUGCAACAAUCCCAGAAUGGCAGUCAGAUCUCUCCUUGAAUCAUGAAGCUAUUGCCCCACUAAUUAAAAAUGAUAUCCCAGAAUAUUCUGUUUUUGCAAGUAUUCAGCCAGUUGCUGUUUGAACAUCUGUAGAGACUCUGAUAAAACCACCUCUUCAGGCAGAGAAUUCCACAUCCUAUGGUUAUCUUAUUGCAUGUGCUGAUUUGCUCCAUGCUGUCUGCAUCUAAAACAUAAUGGUCUUUCUUUCUCUUUUAGGAUCCAGAUCCAAAUACAGUAACCCCAGCAGAAGGUAUUUUAGCUGGAGGGACUAACAUAACGAUUACUGGGGAACAUUUAAAGACUGGAUCAAUGAGUGAUAUCAAAGUAAUGGUUGGAGAUAUACCCUGUACUGUGUAAGUAUGUUUGUUUAGUUUGGGGCCUGUAAGAAGCCUUGUCCGUUUCUCACAAUAUAUUUCAUAUUAUAGAACGUGUUGCAUUGUCUUCAUAUAGUAUUUUAAUUGGCCCUGAUACAGUAAACUGAUAAUUGAUGUAGGCCUGCCCGAAGUAAGAAAUUGCCACUUCUAGAAAACUUGUUUCUCAGUUUAUAAUGAGUUUAUAGAGGCUAACAUUAUUUCAUUGCUUCUGUGAAUAAAACGAAGGCUUCCUUUAGACUAUAUGUUACGGACGCAAUGCAUGUGUUUUUAUAAAUAUAUAUACGCAAUGUAUGAUGGCUUUCCAGAGGUAAGUUAUUGGUUUCAGCUACGGUCAUUGUUUGCUGUGUUUUAAAGGACAAUAUCUUCAAAUGUAACUCACGGAAUGCAGAGUUAAGUUAAGGAGGCUUAUUUACUAUCUGUGAAUUGUAGACAAGUAAAAGCCAUAUUGCUAAAUUAUGUCCUAAAUAGUGAAGUAGUGACUGUGUGAGUCAGAUAUAUUAUUAAAGGGAUAUCCAAGGCUCCCACACACGUUGGGUGCACUGUGUAGGUUAGGUUACAGUUAGUUAUACUGGGUGGGUUUAUAUUAUUAAAGGGACACUCCUGACUCCCACACACGUUAGGCGCACUAUGUAGGUUAGGUUACAGUUAGUUAUACUGGGUGGGUGUAUAUUAUUAAAGGGACACGCCAGGCUCCCACACACAUUAGGUGCACUGUGUAGGUUAGGUUACAGUUAGUUAUACUGGGUGGGUUUAUAUUAUUAAAGGGACACUCCAGGCUCCCACACACGUUAGGUGCACUGUGUAGGUUAGGUUACAGUUAGGUAUACUGGGUGAGUUUAUAUUAUUAAAGCUACACUCCAGGCUCCCACACACAUUAGGUGCACUGUGUAGGUUAGGUUACAGUUAGUUAUACUGGGUGGGUUUAUAUUAUUAAAGGGACACUCCAGGCUCCCACACACGUUAGGUGCACUGUGUAGGUUAGGUUACAGUUAGUUAUACUGGGUGGGUUUAUAUUAUUAAAGGGACACUCCAGGCUACCACACACGUUAGGUGCACUGUGUAGGUUAGGUUACAGUUAGUUAUACUCGGUGGGUUUAUAUUAUUAAAGGGACACUCCAAGCUCCCACACAUGUUAGGUCCACUGUGUAGGCUACAGUUAGUUUUACUGGGUGGGUUUAUAUUAUUAAAGGGACAACACAGUCAAAAAAGAGCUUUUCACAAAGUUGACAUCAAGCCAUGUUAUUGAAUAAGUAGCCCUCCUACAGCACACACGUUCUAGAUUCCCCAGUGUAGCACUUUUCAUGUCCUGCCCAAUAGUAUGAAUAUGUAAUAAAUUUCCUGCAAAAUGCGGGUAUCUAGCAGCCUCAUCUGGCGUGUCUCAGCUGAGACUGACCUGUAAAGACUCCAAAAGAAAUAUUACUUUUAAAAGGUUUUCUCUAAAUAUUUAGCAGCUGUGUUUUGUUAGAAGGAUUACAAAGGAAAAGCUUUCUUUUUACUGGGCGCUUGUAAUGCUUUUUUUACUGUAUGAACGGUAAGGGCCACUAACUCCUAGGAAUGCCAGAUUAAUGAAAGGGUUACUCUGCUGGCCUCCAAACCUUUGACUUCAAGCUGUGCUGGAUAAGGAGCCAAAUUGUUCCAGCUGUCCCCGCUGUAGUUUGAUUCUCUGCUAAGAGACUUGCCAAUUUGGCUGCAGAGAUGCUCGGUGAUUAGCAACAAAUGCUCCAUGAUUUUCAGUUGCCUUUUAAAUAAGUAGCCGUCCUUGCCAGUAUCACUGAGCGUAACGUUCACCUCUGCACAUUGAAUAAGAUAAUCUAUACUGAGCUUUCACGGCAGUUUUGCUGGCUGCUACAAGUCUUUUUAUGUAUUGUUUUUUUUUUCGUUUUUUUUUUCGUUUUUUUGUAGCACCUGUAACUUUUUUUGUGAAGGUUUUUUUUAAUUAAAAUUAUUAAAGGUUUAGAAAAUGUCACCAGAAUCCAGUUCAGACCAGGCAAACCCAGGGCACACGUUGAAAAUGAGGAGGAGAAAUAGAAACGUUGUUUCAUUUCUUCUCUGCUCUGUAUGCUCGCUCUCUAUACUGAUUGCCAGGUGCGAAGGACAGUCCUCAUAACAAUGACUGAAAGGGAGCGAAGAUUGAGGCAGCCAGACUCAGGGUAAAGAGAUGUGGAUUUAAACAUUUAAUUUUUCAUUCCUAACAAAUACACAAUUGUUUAAAACACACACACAAAACAAAAAAAAUUGAGAUUAUCAUAGAGUUAAUCAUUAUAGAAAACUGUCCCUCGAAAUAUGCAUUGAAAAUACUUACCAUUUUCUGUUCCUUUUUUAAAUUUUUCAUCUUCAGUGGCCAGGCUCCACCCCUUCCUUCUGACAUCAUAUCAGGAAGCAACACUUCCCUGUUGAGCUAUACAAGUACUUGUACACAGCCUAGUUUCCUGCCUGCUUCAGAAUAUGGCUACGUCAAGUGACGAGACUUACUUGUGAGCUGGACAUGUCUGCUCAGAGUGUAUAAGUACUAGGACAUCUUAAAGUAGAAGUCCAGUCUUCUCCAUAUGAUGUCAUUGGAAGAGGGUGUAGUCCAGGUGCCAAUAAAAAAAAAAUGCCGGAUUUAGAAUAUAUGUUUCCCAACAGCAUAACCACUACAUAAGCCUAAUGUGCUUUGUGUAUCUCAUAAAAUUUUUUUUAAAAAGUAUCAGGUUCCUAUUCAUUGUAACUUUUAAAAAACAUAUUUUUAAACUGUUAUGGUGUGUCAAAUACCAUGAUUUAUUAGGAGGAAGAAAUUAAAGCAUCUAUUUUAGAGAAUAAACCAUUUUAAUGUUACCAAGGUAUGAUACUAAAACAACUGACCUCAUUUAGUUGUGUUGUGUUUAUCCUAUGUUCUUUAUUUGCUACUAAUGUACAUGUAAUUAGCCCAAUUAACUACAAAGAUAUUUUAGCUAGCAUAUGGUUGGCAGAGAACCUGGCCUACUUGUGUCCGUCGAGGGCUGGAGGUCUUAGGAAUGCACAUAUGUAUUGCCUGGUGCUGAAUGGCUGCUCGCGGUUUGUGUCUGAAAGUAUUAAUUUUGCCGUUUGCCAAGAGUUAAGAUUCCACUGUGUCAGCAUUGUUCAGCAUAUUUUUUUAUUUCUCUCUCUUUUCUAAAGCAUUGAAUUUGGUGAAAGCAUAGUGUGCUCUACAGGACAAGCCACAAAGGACGGAGAAGUGAUUGUCACAUUGCAGUACGGGACCCAGACUAAAAAAGAGGCCGGAAAAUUCUUCUAUAAACCCAAUCCGGUUAUUAUGCAUUUCAGUCCAGACAAAAGCUUUGUAAGGUAUAUAUUAUUUAUUUUUUCCUUUAUCAUUGUAGCAAAUAAUGGUAGUAAAUGUUAUUUCUGCAUGAUAAAUAGUUCUUGUAAAUGUAUAUUGUGCCCGUUCUGUACACCUCCAAUCCAUGGAAUGAUUUAAUGGGUUGGCACUAAGGACUGAAGGGUAGUUGGACUGUGUCGGAGUGGUCCAUGUACUUCUGCACUGCCUGUAACUCUCAGAGGUAUGGUGAUGUUUAUUACUCUGUUUUUUUGUAUUUGCUGUAAAUUGAGUCUAUGGAGCCGAUUGACAGAUUGAAUUGCUAACUGGUACCCCAUCUGAUUCCUUGGCAAUGGAAUUCAGAUGGUUGUCCAGAAAGUCUGAGGGUUCCAUUUCGAAGAAUGCCUUUCAGUUUUUAGUAGAUACCGGAUGGCUUACCUGGUUGCUAUAGAUUAAAUACAUUCAUUGCUAAGGUGAAUAUUUUUGGUUCCCCUCGAUCUUUUGGGUUCAUAAAUGACACUACAGCUCUUUGUGAGCAUCUGCCGCAAUAAGUGGCCAGUAUGAGAAAGACUUCUAUACAUAAUGAUCGGUCAAUUUGCUAAGUGUAGAAUUAAUGUAGGGCUAGAUUGGUGGGGGCAAACAAAGGUAGCUUUGGGAUUUGAAUACAAAAAAAAAGUUCAGAAGGAAAAUGUUCUGCUCCACUUAGGUGAUGAGCUAUGUCACAAUGAGAGGAUGAAAUGAAGAUCUGCUUUAACGUUGCAAUGGAAGUAGUGUAAUGUAUUGCAUGUUUGUCACAUGGCCUGGCAGUGAAUUCUGGAUAUUGUAGUCUAACAACAGAAACAGGGUCUCCAAUAAUGUUCAAUCAAUCGUAAGGCUAUAUUAAAGUAUUAAAGGCACAAAAUCUUGCAUGUCUUACAAAAUAAUUCAAAGAUCAGCUAGUGGAAGUGGGACAAAGACUGGGUGUGCGCAGGUAUCAGGCAGUGUAUUGCCAAUAGUCAUUCAAGCCCGUUUCAACAAAGUGUGGACCAUGAAUCCUACUCUCUAUCAGAUUUGGAAUUCUGUCAGCUGGUGCUGGUAGCCACGAAAUUUGGACUCAUGAGUGACGAGCUCAGAGCACUCUGUUUGUUUGUUGGAACAGUUGACUCAAAUAAGAGUUUCGAUGUUGGCAGCUCAGAGUUCUCAAUUAUUGGGGCUUUACCAAAAUGAGAAAACAAUGUGAAAUAUGCAUUGGAGUAAGAAAAUAAAAUACCACGAGAAAGUUAAAAAGUUUGUGUCUUCUUUUCUUUUCUUUUUUCAGCGGAGGAAGAAACAUUACAGUUUCGGGGACAGGAUUUAACCUUGUUCAGAGUUUAAGCAUGGUUGCCACGUUUCCUAAUGGAAGGGAGGAAAGACACACAAGUGAACAGGAUCCCAGAUAUGUAAGCCAGUUUUACCCUUCGUGCUCUUAGCUAGCCUUGCGUGUCCUUGUUUUCCUCUGGUUAAACAUCCACACAGCCGACCUUUGUACUGGUUAAAACCUUAAAAGGACCAGAUGGUUGGUCCUCUAAGGGUAAAAUCUCUUCAGUAAAUCUGAUUAAGCCAUGACAACUGUUCACAAAAAGACAAACACAGCUUCAAAAAAAAUUAAAUAAAAACAAGAAAAAAAAAUCCCUCUGCACUAUUUAAAAUCUUAGGUGGUGGUUUAAUAAAAUUUACUUCUGAUUUUUUUCACACUGAUUCAAUUCGCAAGUGAAUGUAGCAAUAUACAUGUACAAGCACGUUCAAUAAUUUACAUCCAAACAGAUGGUUUCGUUGUAUCUUGUGCUAGUAUGAUAUACAGUAAACAGAUACUGCCGGUUUAUAUGGUGACUAAUCUGUACCUUGUCGUAACAUCCUGAAUCCACCUAGCUUUUCAGGGAAAAUUCACAUUUGUAACUUUAGGAGAUAUCUGGAAGUUCUUUCCGAAAUGGUGAUUCAUUAUGUUUAAAGUAAUCAGGACUUCUUAAAACUACACUUAAAAAACACAUUCAAAUUAAAACCCUAAUAACAAAAGUGUAAAAAUUAAAAAGGAAAAAAAUAAAUCCCAGAAAGGCCAAUAUCACCAUGACAGCAUAUGGUCUGAAUAUGGAGAGGAAGGCCGAUAAUGCUAAUGAAAAAGGAUAAAUCUUUGUUAUACACUAUUAUGAAGAAAUAAGUGAUUAAAAUAAAACUGUAAACAAAUGUGUAGCGUAGCCACUGAAACCACUGAAAGAUUGUAUAAAAUAUACAAAUAUUACAAAGCAACUCUAUACAAAGGUAUCUCGAUGUUCGUUUCUGAAAGUACCCUCAAUAGAUGAAGGGGUAACACGGCGAGGUAAUGCCAAGAGGAGAAAAUUAUCCUUGGAAAAAAUAAAGAGAGAAAUUUAUUAUUUAACAAAUGUAUUAUUAUUAUUGAACUAAGAUUGCAUUCCUAUUUUUGUAGAGAAAGGGUGAAAUGUGUCAAUAUGGCUACUACACAAUAUUACACUAUAUUACACAAUAUUACUCUUACACUAUAAUACUCUAUAUUACACAAUAUUACUCUGUUACACUAUAUAACUCUAUAUUACACAAUAUUACACUAUAUUGAACGAUAUUGCACAAUAUUACACUAUAUUACUCUUACACUAUAUAACUCUAUAUUACACAAUAUUACUCUAUAUUACACAAAAUUACACUAUAUUGAACGAUAUUGCACAAUAUUACACUAUAGCAAUUCAAAAUUUUCAAUGUUAUUGUUUAAUGAUGUACAGAAGAUACAGGGCUGUUAUGGCUCAUUUUUUACCGUCUGUGAGAGAUGAUCGUUAUAUAUAUGAGUGUAAAACAUAUACUUACAUAGAUCAUCAUUUAUUAUUAUUAUUGUAUUUAUUCAAUUUUUUUUUUAUUAAUUUUUUUGUGCGUUUUUCUCUUUAUAUUAGCUCCUGGCAUUGAGUGGGCUUUUUUAAGCUUAUAGAUGAGUGGUCACAUUGUACAGUCAGUGGGAGAUUGCUAUAUAUGCGGUUACGUUGUACAGUCAGUGGGAGAUAGCUAUAUAUGUAGUUAUGUUGUACAGUCAGUGGGAGAUAGCGAUAUAUGCGGUUACGUUGUAUAGUCAGUGGGAGAUAGCGAUAUAUGUGGUUACGUUGUACAGUCAGUGGGAGAUAGCGAUAUAUGUAGUUACGUUGUACAGUCAGUGGGAGAUAGCUAUAUAUGUGGUUACGUUGUACAGUCAGUGGGAGAUAGCUAUAUAUGUAGUUACGUUGUACAGUCAGUGGGAGAAAGCUAUAUAUGUAGUUACGUUGUACAGUCAGUGGGAGAUAGCGAUAUAUGCGGUUACGUUGUACAGUCAGUGGGAGAUAGCGAUAUAUGCGGUUACGUUGUACAGUCAGUGGGAGAUAGCGAUAUAUGUGGUUACGUUGUACAGUCAGUGGGAGAUAGCGAUAUAUGUAGUUACGUUGUACAGUCAGUGGGAGAUAGCUAUAUAUGUGGUUACGUUGUACAGUCAGUGGGAGAUAGCUAUAUAUGUAGUUACGUUGUACGUUGUACAGUCAGUGGGAGAUAGCGAUAUAUGCUAUCAGUGGGAGAUAGCGAUAUAUGUUACGUUGUACAGUCAGUGGGAGAUAGCUAUAUAUGUGGUUACGUUGUACAGUCAGUGGGAGAAAGCUAUAUAUGUAGUUACGUUGUACAGUCAGUGGGAGAUAGCGAUAUAUGUAGUUACGUUGUACAGUCAGUGGGAGAUAGCGAUAUAUGCGGUUACGUUGUACAGUCAGUGGGAGAUAGCGAUAUAUGCGGUUAUGUUGUACAGUCGGUGGGAGAUAGCGAUAUAUGUGGUUACGUUGUACAGUCGGUGGGAGAUAGCGAUAUAUGCGGUUACGUUGUACAGUCAGUGGGAGAUAGCGAUAUAUGCGGUUAUGUUGUACAGUCGGUGGGAGAUAGCUAUAUAUAUAUAUAGUCAUAGUGUACGGUCAGUGGGAGAUAGCGAAAUAUGUGGUUACGUUGUACAGUCAGUGGGAGAAAGCGAUAUAUGCGGUUACGUUGUACAGUCAGUGGGAGAUAGCUAUAUAUGCGGUUACGUUGUACAGUCAGUGGGAGAAAGCGAUAUAUGUGGUUACGUUGUACAGUCAGUGGGAGAAAGCGAUAUAUGUGGUUACGUUGUACAGUCAGUGGGAGAUAGCUAUAUAUGUAGUUAUGUUGUACAGUCAGUGGGAGAUAGCUAUAUAUUGCCUUAAAUUCAGAUUAAUGAAUCCGUAACACAGUCUGUAGCGCAGUACAAUGACAAUCUCUAAACAUAAUUACUGCAGAAAUUACUAUUUUUCAUUUCUUUUUUUCAUUCAUUCUUCACAGAGUGAAGAUGUCCUCGAGAGAGUCAAUGAUUCCCUGCUAAUAUUCUCUACUCCCAAAGUACCAGAAAACAUACAGAACUCUGAGGUUGUCACUGUGAUUAAAAUGGACGGGUACGAGACACCUCUGCAGACAAGGGGUCUUAAUUUCGGUUAUGUAUCUGAUCCUACGUUUGAGAAUUUUACAGAUGGAAUUAAGAAACAAGUGAACAAUCUAAUUAAUGCAAAAGUAAGUUUUUCUCUCCAAGGAUCGCCAUUAAAGAACAGGAUUUAUUUUUUCUAAUAGGUGACGGAUGUUUAAAUAUUAUUUUGCUUACUAUGUAUGAAGUAUAGAUGUAGCAUGCCCAGUAAUUGAGAAUAAUUCAUCUACUUAAUACUCCAAAGCUUUUUGGUUUAGAAUGAUUAAAAGAAAAUGUAAUCUGCCCUAUUCUCUAGCCUUUAGACAUUUUUGUCUAAAUCUUUGUUCAGAAAUAAGAUAAAUCGCCUACAAUCCUUCUUACUUCUGCAUUGCACCAAAAAUACAAACAUUCUUUUAAUCUAAUGAAAACAAAUGCUACAAAAAAAAACCUUAAAUUAUCAUUUUGUUUAUUGCGCGAAGUUAAACGCAGAACUUUAUAUAAUUUACUUACAGUGCCCCUUUGUGUCCACAUUAUACAUUGAAUGUUGUUAUAUACUUUUCUGGUUUAUAAUGUACAAUCAAAGAGAUGAUGGUUAUUAGGUUAUUAAUAUUUUGAGCAUUUAUUUUUGUAGUGUCGAAAAUAAAUAUAAUGCUUUUAGAAUUUUCUUAGAAAUUCAAUAUGUAAAAAGUUGAUAUGGAAUAAGGCAGAAAUCGCCCUGUUUGCAAAAUUCAAUUUUUUUAAAAUAAUUCUAUUAGUCUAUGUAAUCUGUCCCUUAUUAUAUUUAAUUUAUUCGUUAGAAGUGCAAUUUUUGAUUGCAUCAUUCAAACAUUCUACGAUUGUGUGGGUUUAUUUUUUUAGGGUACUAACCUCAAUGCCGCAAUGUCCAUGCAAGAGGCGAAGGCAUUUGUGGGAGAGGGUCCUUGUAAGAUAAGUACAUUGACGAACACCGACCUUUACUGCGUUCCACCAGACGAACAACCACUGCCGAGAAGACGACACAAGAGAGACACCAGCAACAGUCUUCCUGAAUUCAUAGUAUGUGCUCACGCUAUACAUCUGCUCUUAUUCUAUAUGUUUAAAUGUCAAGAUGAAAUGACUCCAAAGACACGCUGUACAAGUAAAACCUAUUUCAAAAUAUAGCAUUUUGGGUUUAACCAUGUUUGCCUUCUAUGACUGGAUCACAGUGCGCUGUUCACCCAUUUAGUAAUUAAAUGACCUACGUGACCUUUUAUUUCUUUACACUUGUAUAAAAGUGAAGCUUUAUAGAAAUGGAAAAAGUGGGAAUAAUCAAGGUUUUUUUUCCUGUUGGUUUUGCCACACCUCUGAUCCCAGAUUGCAAAACCAGCAUUUGACAACAGAACGAGAUCGGUAACAAACUUAAGGAAAUAUAAUUAAUAAUGCUCUACUCCAUUACAUGGCCCACAUAUAUUCAAUGUGUUGCUAUUCAAUAGAAAAUAUUCUUGGAAUCCUUAGUUACUUUGUUAUCCGUAGCUUUAGAUUAUUUAAAUGUUUUUUGUGUUUGUUUUUGUUUAGUUUUUUUGUAAUGUUUAUAUCAUUUUUAUUUUUGUAAUGUUUUGUUUUCCAGGUUAAGUUUGGAAACAGAGAGUGGAUUUUAGGAAAGGUAGAAUACGGCCAAUCCGCAGCAUUUCCUCUCAACAUAAUUAUCCCCGUGGUUCUGAUUCCCAUGAUUUUAAUCAUCGCCAUUUCAAUUUACUGCUACAGGUGAGGUGUUGUGCAGUCCCUGUUCUGGGCCCAGAUUUCUGUGUCUGUCUUUACUGUUCUAAUGUCCCUCUUUUCUAGGAGCUCCAUAUUGUUGGUGUGUCUGAGUGUAUAACAGAGCUCAUUCUUAUUAGUUAUUCAAUAUCGUAACUUUCUCUCUAGGCGGAAGAGUCAGCAGGCCGAGCGGGAGUAUGAGAAAGUAAAACUUCAACUGGAGGGCUUGGAAGAGAGUGUGCGAGAGCGUUGUAAGAAAGAAUUCACAGGUAAUAAAGGACAGUUCUGUUAAAUAAAAUAUAUAGUGAUUUCUGUAACUACGACCAUGUGCUUUGUGCUCCAGAGCAGUUCACAAUCUGCUGAUGUUAAUAGGGUGAAUGUAGCCAAGUAAUCAUUGUUCCUUAGUUUACAAUCCCACGUAGACAGUUUCUGCACGUUAGUGGGCUAAUAGUCUGUAACAAUAAUGAAUUGAGGGCAUCCUAUUUAAUGUUCAUUUAUUCCAAGGAAUCACAAACAAAUCCAUCUAUGAUUAUUUAGUCACUUAUAUAAAUGUUCUACUUGUUAUGUGUCCAUUAAUUGUUUAUGCAUUUCCAAGUGAAUUUACAAAUAAAAUCUUUAAUAAUAUUUAUAUUGCUACAUAACCGUAUCAGAGAUGACUGUGGCUAUUGCAUGGUGUAAAUUACAUUAUCAGGAUUUCCAACCAUUUACAUUUAUGCAGGACAGCCCCUAUUUUUGUGUUCUAUCUGGGAUAGCACCCUGGUGUGCCAUUUUUGCAGACACCAGGGAACUGUGCCCAAUGGCCGCAGAGUGAGUGCUGAAAUAGUAUGCUCACAGGAUUCAUGCCAGGCUGACUUGACAAUCCUACAGGUGGCUCUGUCCCAUUUUGGUGGUGCCAGUGACACAAUCACAUCACUGCCCUAAACUCCCCCCCACUGGUAUCCUGCUUUCCUGAUUCACAGGUCGCUGAAGUUGGGAGCUAUGCUGCACUGUACACGUAAAAAAUGAACAGGAAAUUAAAACCUGUUUGUUACACCACCCUCUCCCUACUAGCAAAUCUCCUUAUAACAGGGGAGUUUGCUUAAAGAGAGAUUGAAAGUGGAACACUAAGUUGGACCAUUAGGGGAGAUUUUACAAACUGGUUUCCAUGGAGAUUGACCCACUUUUAGUACUUUAGAAUAGUUUUUGGGUCAAAACACUAGAUAAAUCACCCCGUUACAUUAGAAAAUUACUGGCAUAUUUUUACAACUUUAACCAAUGGAUGCUGUGUAUACAUAACAGACCCUUUGUGCAAAGGCUGAGCAGGUAUCCAAAGUCUCUAUUUCGGUGUUUCCAGAUCUUAUGAUUGAGAUGGAAGAUCACACCAGUGACCUCAAUGAAGUUGGAAUCCCAGUUCUGGAUUACAAAACCUACACCGACCGCGUGUUCUUCUUGCCGUCGUCCAAUUAUGGGGAGAACGAUGUAAUGAUCACUGGACGGCUGGAUAUUCCCGAAUCGAGAAAGCAAACGGUGGAGCAGGCACUCAACCAGUUCUCAAAUCUUCUCAACAGUAAAUCUUUCCUCAUCAGUGUAAGUGUUUCUUUUAGUUAGAUGUAAAACAAAGUAUUUACUAAAGUGUACGACUUCCCAACCCAUGCUCGUUAACGAGAUACGGUAUGUCAUGUUUCAGUAUUAAUAUAAAAAUAAUAUUUUAGGGUGGGCAGCUGGAAAAGCAUCAACCAACCCUUUCUGGAGGCCACAGCUCAAUCCAUAUUUCUCAGCCAACUCAAAUUAGAGGGGAAAGCUUAAUUUCUUUCUUAUUUAAUCUUUUCUUUAGUUCUUCAUAGACAAAAUGUUUUGUUAAUAUUCCACAGUUCUCAAAAUGCUGUAUAUCAUGCAGUGUUCAUGGCUAUGUCUGACUCUUGUCCUCUUUACCUUUUUCAGUUUAUCCACACUCUGGAGGCCCAAAAGGACUUCUCUGCUCGUGAAAAACUCUACUUUGCGUCCUUGCUGACCGUCGCGUUGCACGGAAAGCUGGAGUACUAUACAGAUAUCAUGAGGACUUUGUUUCUAGAGCUCAUGGAGCAGUAUGUCGCCAAGAAUCCUAAACUGAUGCUUAGAAGGUACUAGAUUAUGCUUCUCUCUAUCUCUAAUGACUUUCAUCAACCCACUCCUGGCUUGCCAACCUCAUUGAAGGGGUGGUUAAUGUCUCCCGCAAUCUGCUUAUGUUUAGUUUAUUCGAUUUUUUUUUUUCUUUUUUCAUCCUAAAACAGAAAAGUGGUAAAUUGUAUUAAAGAGUUUUCUGUUGAGAGUGAGCCCUGUGCUUCAAAGAAAAUAAAAAGUGCAAUAAUGGGGUGGGGAAUCGCGUUGCUUAUUUUUUCAUUGUACGUCACAGAAAUGUAAAGUUACAAUAAAAUAAAACCUUUUUUUGCUUCUUUUUUUCAUUUUUUUUUUUUUUGUCCACAGAUCGGAAACUGUUGUUGAACGUAUGUUGUCAAACUGGAUGUCGAUUUGUUUAUAUCAGUAUUUAAAGGUAAUUAUUCCAAGUUGCAGACUGACCAGCACACCUGGCUUACUAAAUAAAUAGAGAUGAGGUUUUUUUGGACAGCACGAUGUUCUGUAAUGUGGUUUGUUGGACCCUGGUCUCAGAGAGCCGAAUGGUGAUAGUAAAGUCUUGGCUCAGUAAACGGUUAUCUGUCAGUGGCUGCUUUUUACUCAAACAAGAGAAAAGUUUCCAUUGGCCAAAAGUGUUCUCUAGAUCCAUUUCCAUAACAGAUUUUUAUUUAAUUUUUUAUUUUUUUAUUUUUUUUGUAACACAGGACACAGCUGGCGAACCGCUAUACAAAUUAUUCAAGGCAAUCAAACAUCAAGUGGAAAAAGGCCCUGUGGAUGCUGUACAAAUUAAAGCCAAAUACACACUGAACGAUACGGGAUUACUGGGGGAUGAUGUCGAAUACACACAGUUGGUAAGUGACUUUUAUUGUAAAUUACUGUGAAAUACCAUAACGCAGAGAACAGGGUCACAGUGGGAUUGGACUGUGUAACAAAGCAUUUUUUUUUCGGUAUAAAUCCACAUGUUUUCUCCAUGUAUUAACUUGGAAUUUAUAAACCAAGUGGCACGUUAUGUUAUCAUUAAAAGAUUAAAUUGAGAAUCUCCUGCAAUUUUCUGUCCAUGCUGUCUGACCCCCGGUGAAAGUAUAGAUGGGCUGCGGUUAUUUCACGGAAUAGCAAGUCCGGUUUAUGUUAAUUAAAUUGUCUGGCAGUGGGACUGUCUGCAGAAAUUCUUAGCAAGUCACACUGCUGCUUUAACUAUGUGUAUACAUUUGUGGCAAUGCACUUAUGCUUAUGAUGUUGUUUACAUAUUGCUUAAUAGUUACCAACUUGUAAAUUACUGUGCAUUUUCACAAUAUUUUUUUUUUUUUUACCCUUUCAUCAUUCAUAAUGGUCUAUUAGUCAUGCAUUUAAAGUUUUGUACAAAUGCAGUCAAAAACCCACUGACACAUGUUUCCUUUCCACAGACAGUUAAUGUCAUUGUCCAGGGGGAUGACGCUGAACCAGUACCCGUCAAAGUUCUAAACUGUGAUACAAUCACCCAAGUGAAAGAGAAGAUAGUUGAUCAGGUUUAUAAGAACAUUAAUUUUUCACAGAGGCCAAAAGCAAGCAGCCUGGCGUUGGGUAAGCUGGAUUUGUGACUUGGAUAUUUGCUCAAACUGACUCUUGCCGUCAUUAUGGUCUACAUGUUGCUAUAAUGACCACUAAUCAUGUCCUCUCUAGGAAACAGUCAUUUAGAAUAGUUAACAAACUGGUGAUUGGUUAGACGUGUCCGUUUCUAAUACAAUCAAUGGCCAAAUUGGUUCCCUGUAAACUCAGGCUGGAUAUCCAGUGUUGACUGAAGCCCACCAGAAACACACAGACCAUUUACAACAAUUUUAUUAUUUUAUAUAACCGCCUGAUAUAGACUGCUUAGAGGAGGACACUAAAAUGCGCUCACUGGAAAUUAUGUCCUCAAAGUAGGCUGUACAGGGGAAUAAAAACCCCUAAUAUCAUGUCCAUGACAACUUCACAUAGUACCAUCAUAUGCAUAAUAUACGCAGUAAGUUAUCUGAAGUAUAUUUUUCUUUCUUGCUAGCUCCCCUUUAAGUAUUUAUAUUACACACUAGCAUAAAAAAAUCAAUAUGUUAAAGUUUGUUUAGCUUAUGCCUCCCUUUAAAAAAGAAAAAAAUAGCUAAAGAAAAGUUGCAACACACAAUUAAAGGGAUACUAUUGUCACCAGAACCACUACAGCUUAAUGCUAUAGCAUGUGCCUGCAGCCUUAGCAUUGUAAAUAUGGUAUUUUCUGAGAAAAGGCAGUGUUUACUAUUGCUGGCUUGUUACACCUCUAGUGGCAGUCAUUCACACAGCCACUAGAGGUGCUUCCUAUCUCAGUGCUGCACAGUGUGCAGCACCUACAUUCUGCAUGGAGAUGUUGAAGUUUAUUGUUACAAUUUUAUGUCUUUUUAAUUAUAUAGUUUUUUUUUGUUUUUGUUUUUUCUUGCAUUUAGAGUGGAGGCCGGGCUCUACAGCACAGAUAUUGUCCGAUUUGGAUUUAACAUCCCAGAAGGAAGGCCGGUGGAAGCGUGUUAAUACACUCAUGCAUUAUAAUGUAAGAAAGUGUUCGAUUUUUACCGUUGGGACGGGAAUUGUAUUUAAUAUCUGUUCAUUUUUCAGUAUGCGGGGGGGGGGAAAUCUGUUUAUACUAAAAGAUUGGUUGUUUGAGACAAGAGGCUCAGUAAUCCAACUGUUCCCAGUCACUAAAUAGCAUGAGAUUUGAUCAUCAUGGAUUGCACACAGUAAUAUUGGAAGAUGUGAAGGCAAUGUAACCGUUUGUAGAUCUAUUGUUAUCUAAAACAAUGUUCCAAUUGAGUGAGCUUUGUAGACAUAGUUUGUUCUGGAUGAUGCAUUUGAGCAUAUCAGACCAUAAUACGAUUCAAUGAAAUGCAGAAUAUACUACAUACACUGGGGUAAAGGGUCUACUUGAGCCGUAUGCAAGACUUUCUUCAUCUGUGGAACACGAUCGCACAUAUAUUCAAAUACGUAUAAACAUAUGGUGAAUCCUGCUAUAUCGUGCAGUGGCUGGAUUAACUCUUCAACCUUAAUGAGUGUCCUAUGCUAUUAAAACAGUGAUUCAUCACAAUAAUUCUCAGCAAAGCUGCUUAUUUCAACCACAGCUGAGUUUAUUAGAGGGGCAAAAAAAAGGACAAGUUCUUAGAGGAGAACGAUCACUUUUAAUAUUAUUUUACAUCCAUUUAACAAAUGUGUAUGAUUAAAAAUAAAAUUAAAUGUAGUAAUUCACACGUCUUUAUCCUGCAACUGGGCACCUCCAUUCUUAGAUUGUGAUGUCAUUUGCAAAAAUAUUGUGCAUUAAAAGAAAACAGAUCUCAUGAAAAAGGUUAAAGGUCCCCUAUAGUCACCCAGACCACUUCAGCUCAAUGAAGUGGUCUGGUUGCCAGGUCCCCCAGGUUUUAACCCUUCAGAUGUAAACAUAGCAGUUUCAUAGAAACUGCUAUGUUUUACAUUGCAGGGUUAAUCCAACCUCUAGUGGCUGUCUUCCUGACAGCCGCUAGAUGUGCUUCCCCGACGCUCCAUGCGAAAAUCCCAUUGAGCACGCAGAACGUUUUCCUGGCAAUGCAGGUCCUCUCUCCCUCCCACCCCCCCAAUCCCUGGUUGCUGAAGGGGUGAAAACCCCUUCAGUGACGUACCAGAGGCAGCGACAUGUCCCACAUCGUGCUUCUUCCUCCGCCGCCGCUCCUCCUCUGCAUUACGUCUCCACCGGCCGGGGAAACCUAAUGCGCAUGCGUGGCAAUACCGUGCAUGCGCAUUAGAGCUCCCCAUAGGAAAGCAUUGAAAAUGCUUUUCAGUGCUUUCCUAUGGAGAAUUGAGCAACGCUGGAGGUCCUCACAUAGCGUGAGGACGUCCAGCGACGCUCUAGCACAGGUUUCCUGUGCUAUGAAGGAGGAAGUGCCCUCUAGUGGCUGCCUAGUAGACAGCCACUAAAGGUGGAGUUAACCCUGCGAGGUAAUUAUUGCAGUUUAUAAAACUGCAGGGUUAAGAGUAGUGGGAGUUGGCACCCAGACCACUCCAAUGGGCAGAAGUGGUCUGGGUACCUGGAGUGUCCCUUUAAGGUUAAGUGGCUGAAGGGGUUUUAACCCCCCUGAGGGUGGGGGGAACCUAAUGAUUAUAUAGUGUCAGGAAGAAGUUUGUUUUCCUGACACUAUAGUGGUCCUUUAACGCAAGCUGUAGGUGAUUUUCAUAUGUUUUUAUCAGUGUGGUAGUUUCCAGAAUAGUGUCAGUUCUCCCUUAACUUUGUCAGCCUUAUUAUAACUUUUUUCAAUUACAGCAACUUUUGUUUCGAAGACAAAUUCUAGUUAUAGUAGAGAUUCUCAGACUGUGUACAACACUUUAAUAGGAGUAACACUAAUAAACAGGUUCUUUUGUGGCUUUUCUAAUAAUCAAAUUAACAAAGCGCCCUGAUUGUUCACCAUACAUAAUUAUAUAGCUAAAUACAGCUAGUUUUCCUUUGUUUAUUGUGUAUAGGUAAGGGAUAAUGCCACUCUUAUAUUGUCGAGGAUUGGAAUUUCUCAACAACAAGAGGAAAAUCACCAUGACAUCCCAGGGGAGAGUAAGUAGAUAUUUCAUUUUAAUUUUUUUUUUUUUAUCAAUAUCCUAAAAGAGCAUGAUCUCGUUAAUGUCCCUUUAAUAAGAUUCUGUAUUGACUGGUUUUGAAUCUCAAUUACUAUUUGUUCCACCAUCAGCAAGUGAACCCCAUUGUACAGCGCUACGGAAUUUGUUGGCGCUAUAUAAAUAAUAAUAAUAAUAAUAACUUCCCACCACCAAGGCUUGAUAAGAAACUUGUUGGCUGUGAAAUGAAUAGUCAUUGAUAUUAAAACUAUUGAUUCAGUCAGGAUUAUUUAGUUGUAUGUGCUUGGAACAAAGUUCCUAAAUCCUGUUUCUAGAACCGAGCAUGUGGACCUGUUCAUAGUUCCCGCCCACAUUAUCGUUUGUUUCCAGGUCCAGAUACAUUCGUAAAUUAAAAGCAUUGAUGUCGGUGAACAUGUUGUAUCCCCCACUUUGAUGGAAUGUUCUCGUUUCUUCAGGGCAUGCUUUACUCGAAGACGAAAACAAAACGUGGCAUCUUGUCCGUCCAGCAGACGAGGUCGAUGAAGGCAAAUCCAAAAGAGGAAGUAUGAAAGAGAAGGAACGAACGAAAGCAAUAACAGAAAUCUACCUAACAAGGCUACUUUCUGUCAAGGUAUGCUUCCAAUAAACAUCAGAAUAGACUCCAACUAUACAGGCUACGGUCACUUGUCAACCAUAAUUAAUUUCGCGUUAUCGUUACUUAAUUUUGCAUUGUCUGAAAUAUCUGCACAAUAAAUAUCUUUAGAACAUUUACUGGUCUUUUUUCAGAAAAAAUUAACUUUUUUUUGUUUUACGAAAGACGGUGUAAUUUUAGUUUUCUUUUUAUUAAUUUAUAUAUACAUUUGUCUAACAGGGUACGCUACAGCAGUUCGUUGACAACUUCUUUUUGGCCGUUCUCAAUUCCAACCAAGUGGUACCUCCAGCUAUCAAGUAUUUCUUUGACUUCCUUGACGAGCAAGCAGAAAAAUAUGAAAUUAAAGAUGAAGACACUGUUCACAUAUGGAAAACAAAUAGGUAAAGGUUUUUAAAUAUCCCUGAUAUUUUUUACAGGAAAAUGUGUUUUUGUAUUUUUUGGGGUGGGGGAGGAGUUUAUUAAUUGAUUAGUGGUGAGCCUGCAACAUCUCAGAUGUACAUUGAAAUGAUACACAGGCAUGUAGAAUCCCAUCAGCAAGCAUUUUUUAUUUGGAUCUAAAUUUGACUUAGAGAAGGCAGCUAUAUGAUGCUUGUCGUUGCCCUUGUAUUACAACUUGACUUGCACUGCAUAGACAGGCACAAACUGAAGUAUCAUGAAAAAAUCUUUGCAAUGUCUGCAAACAAUACUGGGAGCUGCAUUAAAAUGUAGGGAAAAUAUAUCUCUGUAGCUUUAAAGAAAAUCAAAAAAGCAAUUACUUAGGUUUAGGGAUAUUAAAAAAAAAAAAAAAAAUCCAAACCUGAACAUUUCUCCUAUUCACCAAAAAAUGAGUGAUAUGCAAAAAAAUGUCAUCUGUGCAUCAGCAAAAAUAAACUUUUAGCGUUUUGUUUUGUUUUGUUUUCCUUCCGCAGUUUAUCUCUAAGGUUCUGGGUUAAUAUCUUGAAGAACCCACACUUUAUAUUUGACGUACAUGUUCACCAAGUGGUGGACGCGUCCUUAUCGGUCAUAGCGCAGACUUUCAUGGACGCUUGCAGCAGGACGGAGCACAAACUGAGCAGAGUGAGUUAACUGUGCCAUUGCUGUGUUUUUUAUAUUUUAAUAAUUUUUAUUUUUUUUUUAUUUUAUUUGAACAAAAUAACUCCCACUAACAGAGCCAUGCACUGAAAAGCGAGAAUUUAAAGUGAAUUCAAGGUGAAUUUUUAAUUUAAGGUUAAAGUAGCCAAAAUGGAAGCAUUAUUGACCGUCCUAGAGAAUGUUUCCAAUUUGGCUAAUUUUACCUUGAAUUUAAAAUUCACUUUCGUAAAUAAACCUGUAAAUCUAACCUUUAGAAUACCAUGUGUCGUUUUUUUCUUUGUCAUUUUUUUUUAAAUAUACACAUAAUUUAACGUUUUCAUAUGCAUGGAUUGCAGUCUCCAAAAAUGGUUUGUAAACAAUAACUGUUUUAUAUAUUGGCAUGAACCUCAGAGUGAUUGACACAUUUCCAUUCUUUACACAGGAGUCUCCGAGCAACAAGUUGUUAUACGCGAAGGAGAUUUCAACAUACAAAAAAAUGGUGGAAGAGUAAGUUUGGAGCUUUUUCAUAGUUGAAACAUUAUUGUUUUUUUUUUUUUUUCGUUCUUUCUUGAGAUGAACUGGUAACAUUAGUAGAACUUCCAUUCAACUGCCUCGGGUGAUACAGGGUGGAGAUGAGAGAGAUAAGCUGGGAGAUGACAUGGCCAAUGCUCAGUUGGCAAGGUUUAGAGUCGGUGGUGGGGGUAGACUUUAGAAGGGUUUGAGUGGUAUGAGCAAAUCCUGAAAAUAGGAAGUCAUCUGCAUUGGAUGUUUCGUUACUCUACUUCUCUACUCAAGCUUCCAAAAAAAGUCCCAUUUACUGUUGUAUGACAUGUAGUAUCAACAAUACUCUCAUUCACCAUGUGUAUUAAUAAUAUGUGAUCAAUUAGGAGACAGUGCCCGCUUUCUACAGAGAUCAGAGAUUUUCUAUAUGUCACUGUGUAAAGGACACCCCUUAUGUUGUGGGCUUGUUAGGCAGUGCGAGGUAUUCGUAAUUAGAGAUAAGAUGUUCUAAGAAGAUAAACAUUCAAAUGAAGUUCUCAUGCUUGGACUUCUAACCAAAGUUUGACGGUGUUUUAAGUGUUUCCUCCUGAUAAUUAACUUCCAUUCAUUUUUGUUUCCUACAGCUAUUACAAAGGCAUCCGUCAGAUGGUAUCGGUGAGCGACCAGGACAUGAACACACAUUUAGCAGAAAUUUCAAGGGUAUGUCUCUUGGUAUCUUCUUCUGUAUGUACCUUUGACUACACAGAGUUCCCUCUGACCACAUGUCAUUUUGCUGGGUCAAUCCCUCAGACUGCACAUAAGUUCUGCUGGGGCUGUGCCUAAUUUAAAAUACUCCCUGCAUAUACACUUUAUCGUAACACGUUGAGCCCAGUUCACUUAACAAGGAGAAUGAACAAGGGAAUUGCAAAUGUGUGUUACCGUUAUCAAUAGCUGCAAGAUAAAAUAUUAUGGCAUGACAUUAGAUAUUAUUUGGGUGUCUGUGUCACUCGCUUGAUGUAAUAUUAUUAAUGCUUUCAUUGUGGGCAGGUGAUAUAUUUGCUAUUUUCCAGUAAUCUAAUAUUUGUUUCUUUAUUCCAGGCACACACAGACUCACUAAACACACUUGUAGCACUACAUCAGCUGUACCAGUACACAAACAAAUAUUAUGAUGCGGUAAGUGUUUUACAAUGAUUUAUAACUAGGUGUAUUAUAUUUGUUGUUCUGUUUAGUAAUUUGUCUUUUAAAUGUCUGUUAUAUAUUCGUAGAGUAAAAACGUAUGUUAGUCAUUGGUCAUAGUGUUACUUAAUAAGCCAUAAGUUUUACAUAAACCAUACAAGAAUCAAGAUGGCACCAGGGACAAGUUAGCAUGUUUCAGAUUGGCUCAAACAUCCAGUGGCAUAGCAACCCAAAAACUCGCCAGUGCUGUACAGGGUCGCUUAUCAAAAGUGGAAUUUCAAUGCGGAAAAAUACAAUAAUUCAGAGAAAGGAUCCCGUUAUGGUGAAACACGGCAAAAGAACUGGCUUCUGGUUUUGUAGUUGCUCACAUGGUCAUAUGUGCAAUUAUAUCUGUAUACAUCAGAUAUUUUAUUUUAUUUUUUAUUGAACAGAUUCAUUUGUUUUCAUAGUGUACACACACAGUGUAAAGUGAGGAAACAAAAAAAAAGGUUAAAAUCAUAUCUGAUGUAUACAAUCAGUGCAGUUAUUAAUUACUGUGAUUAUUUAGCCGUAUCAGUUCCUCACCGCACACCCCAGACUCCCAAGCUAAUAUGAAACGUCGCACACAAAUUUUAAUCCUCAGAAUAGUUUUAUAUGCUUGGGAAUUAUUGUGUGGCUACAUUUUUGGUGCUAAAGAAAACGUGUUUAAAACACACGGGGAUACUAUACAUUUUACACAUUUAUUGUGGAAUUGUUAAGCAUUAGUUACUUGUGGCACAAUCUUAAACUUAGGCUCCCCUGUGCUGGAAUGUAAUCUGCAGGGACUUUAGUGUGUUAAAAAAAGCAUUGAGCAGGCAGGCUUCUCAUAAUGUAGAAAAUCACACCACCUUUUUAUUUCCCACCACAAACAACUCAAACACUUACAAAUUCCCACCCCAAGCGACAUCCAGGUGUAAACUGAAAAGUUCCGCGUUAUUUCACAUGUGAGCAUUUUCAUUGGGGAUCUAUUUUUUUAUUUUUUUUUGUAUACAUAGUCGCUUUUGUGCAAAAAAUCGGUGUGUUUGUUUUUCUUUGCGAGAUCUAUUGCCCGCAUCCCACAUUGCUGAGCUUUUUUCAGUUUUUAUCCCACAUUCUACAUCCCACAAGGAAAGUUUUCAUGCCACCUACCCUACAUUUACUGGCUGUUAUCUUCCAGUGGAAACAAAAUAAAAUGUGUUGAUGUUGUUAUGGUAGUGCUACGGGUUAAACCACAAACACAGAUUCCAGAAGUAGAAGAUAAUUCAGAGUUGGUCAUAUACAUGUUAUCUUUCUGAGCGUUGCAAAAGAUCAAACACUGUGUCUUUCUUAUCCCGAACGUGGUAAUUAAUUUAGAAUAUAACCAGAGCAAAGAUAUAUGAGGAAGGUACUGGGUCCAAAGGUUGUGUGUCUGCCACAAAUCACACCGAGAACAAUAAUUGUUUAAUUUGGCCAUCGAUUCAGAUAAUCCUAUAAUUUUAUUUAUUUAAUUUUUGUUCUAGAUCAUAAACGCUUUAGAAGAAGACCCGGGAGCGCAGCGCAUGCAAUUAGCUUGCCGGUUACAGCAGAUAGCAGCAGCUCUAGAAAAUAAAAUCACAGACCUCUGA